CGCGGCUGCGCAGAGGUGCCGCCCCCCUCGCCUCACACUUGAGCGAGCGCGCGAGCGGCCUCUGAGGGGAGCGACGGGCCGCCGCUGCCGCCGCCUCUUUCCUCACACGACGACCACCGCGGCAGCGACGAUGGCGGGAGCGGCGGGGCCGAGGGCUUGGGCAGCGGCUGCGUUCCCUGGCAGAGCGGUACUGGCUUCCCCGUCGUCCUCUCCCUCGCCCGUCGUUCUUCUGAGGGACUCGCCGCGGCGGAGGCAGCGCCGCCUCAGCGCCGGGCCCGCCCGCUGAAAGCCGCGGCGGCUCUUCUCCCUCAGCUGCCGGGUCCGGGGAAAGGAGCGAGGGCGGCGCGCUUUCGCCUACCCCGCCCCGCGCAGGGAAGCGGCCGAGCCUGAGAGGAACCGCAGCCAGACGGCGACGGCGAGGAAAGGCGGGCCAUGGGCGCCAAGCAGAGCGGCCCGGCCGCCGCCAAUGGCCGGACCCGGGCUUACUCCGGGGGGGACUUGCCUUCCAGUAGCGGCGUCGGCGGCGCGAACGGGCGGCCGGCAGGCGGCGCGGCGAGGUACACGCACCUGGCCCCGGGAGGGCAGCACCACGCGGGGCCCGGCGGCUCGGCCAGCGGAGCGGCGGUGGCGGCGUCGGCGGCGCCCCGGAGCAGGUCUCUAGGCGGGCCGGGCGCGUCCGGGGCUCGCGCGGCUCAUUCUGCCUUCAACAUCCCCAACAGCAGCGGCCUCUACGGCUCGCAGGACUCGGUCAGCAGCACCCCCGAGGAAGGGGGCAGGGAACGGGCCGCGGCCGGAGGAGGUGGAGGCGGCGGUGCUGGAGGAGGACACGGCAGCGGCGGGCCCCGGCUCGUCAUCGGCUCGCUGCCCGCCCACCUCUCGCCUCACCUGUUCGGAGGUAAAGAGAACGCGGAGGAAUGGCACACGUGUGGAUGGGUGGAUGCGUGAAAGAGAGGAGCGAAAAGGGGAGCGGCGGCGGCCGGGGGUCGGUAGAGCGCGAGGCUCUGAAGGAGAUCAGCGUCGUGGGUUCGAGCACAUAGAUGUUUGCAUUGCAAAGGGGGUUGGGCUGGAUGACCCCCGAGGUCCCUUCCGACUCCUACGAUUCUUACAGAAUGAGAGUUGACAGGAUCGUAGAGUUGGACUGGACCCUGAGGAUCAACUAGUCCAGUGCAGGAAUAUGCAGUUGCCCCUUACCGGAUCGAACCUGCAACCAUGGAUGUAGCCAGGAAUUUUUUUUUGGGGGGGGGCGACCUUUGUUAGGAGUGCCAGAACCUCAGUUAGUUAAGGAUUUUUUCUUGAUUUGGGGGAGCAGCUGCCCCCCCCCAUGUUUGCAACCUUGGCUUCUCAGCACCAUGCUCUAACCAACUGAGCUAGUGCUUAGUCUAGACCAGUGGUUCCCAACCUUUUUUUGGCCAUGCCCCACCUAAGCAUCUCUGAAAUCCUGAUGCACCCCCCCAUAUAAUUCUUACUAUUCAAAAAGUGAACUCCUAUUCAUGUGGAGGAAGCCUAAAAGGCCAUUCACUGUUAAUAACUCAUUCUCAAAUUGCCCCCCUUAAAAAUCAGUGUGCCCCAUGUUGGGAACCAAGAUUCUAGAGCGACAUUUCUCACCCACCCAUGCCCAAAUGUGCUUGAUUUUUGAGAGUAGGGGACUGCUAGUUUGGUGACUGUUAGUUAGGGCUUCCUCUGACUUUGUGCUUGCUGUUUUGACUGUACAUCUUCUCUCUAAACGCCACUGGUGGUAGAGCCACGCUACCCACAUGUGUGUUGUAGGGGAUAGAGUGCUGAACCAUGGACACCCAAGUUGAAAUCCUUGCUCAGCCAUGAAGCUCACUGGGUGACCUUGGGCUAGCCACUGACUCACCACCUGGCCUACCACGCAGGGUUGUUGUGAAGAGGAAAUGGAGGGGGGGGGAGAACCACCUUGAGUUCUUGGGAGGAAAGGUGGGAUAUAAAUGUAAUUGUCAUAGGAUUGUAGAGUUAGAAGGGUCAUCUAGUCCAACCACUUACAAUGCCGGAAUCUCAACCGAAGCAUCCAUGACAGAUGGUCACCCAGCCUCUGCUUGGAAACUUCCAAGGAAGUAGAGUUCCCCACCUCCUGAGUGAGUCUGUCCCACUGUUGAACAGCUCUUACUGUCAGAAAGAUCUUCCUUUAUUUUGAAGUGAAUCCGUUGGUUGGAGUUCCCAGCCUCCUAAGCAGAAUAAAACAAGCUUACUCCCAUCUUCCAUGUGACAGCCCUUUAGAUACUGGAAGGUGGUCACCUCUGUCUCCUCCUUAUCAUGUAAAUGUAUACAGAGGAGUUGUAAGUCCACCUGACAAGCAGUAGCAAGGUUUCUGUUGUGGGGGAUAAGGCUGCUGCUGGUUCCAUAUAUGGUUUGGAAUAAAACCCACAGAAGUCAGUAGGGCUUGCUUCCUGUUCAGUUUGGCCAGGUUUGCUGACUUAACAGCAGCACAGCUCUAUGCAUGUCUGCUCUGAAGUUUCACUGAGUUGAGAGAGACUCGCCCCCCAAGUAGGUGUGCCUAGGAUUGCAGUUUAAGACAGUAAUCCUUCGCAUACAUAGUAGGGAGCAAGGUCCAUGGAAUUUACUUCUCAGCAGAUGUGUGGAGGGUUGUUGUUCUCACCUAAUGGCAAGGUGCUUUGCAUGGAUUUUGCUUGCUAACUUCAUCUGAAGAAUGCUGCAAAGUUUCACUGUUUCAUCGACUGAUUUUCUCCUUUUUGUGCUUCACAUAUAACACAGCGUUACAAGGGUGGCAGGUGGGCAGGGGUGUAUCACAGAUUUUUGCUGCUUCCUGCUUCUUUGAAGUAACUACUGAGAAGUUUUUUCUUAAAUUCAGCAGAUUAGGAAAAUUCUUUUGCUCUCUGACCAGUGUGUGUCUUCUGCUUUGUUGGUUUGGAUUUUAAAAUGCCCUUGAAACAGGAACUGGAAAAACUAACUUUCAGCACUAUACAAUACCGCAAGUAUUUAUUUGGCCCACAACUUCAAUAGCUGUUAGUAGUUCUAUAUUUCCUGCCAACCAUUUAUAUAAUUAGGGCUUAAUUGGAUAAUGUAUUUGCACAUCCAUGCAGUGUAUUUAAAUCUGACCAAAGUCUCUAUUUAGAUGCUGAUGCAAGAAUAGAAGCAGUUUGUUUCUAAUUUUAUGUUAAUGAAUUCGGAGGGUGUUUACAAUUUUUUAUUUUAAAAGAUUUUAUUGGAGUUGCAGCAGAUUUGAAACAAAGUUUCUGUUCAUAGGCAAAAACAUUCAGAUGGGGUAAGAGCAGUUCUAGUAACAAAAGUUGUACACAGAUCUAAUUCUGUAGUGUAAUUAUAUAGAAGUGUAAACUAUUGAAAAGCGGGUAAAAUUGAAGAUAGUGAAAGAUAAAAACUAAUUGUGCCAUUUUACAACAAAAUCUUAUGUGCAUAUAUACGGUACUUGGAAUGAAAUCCAAUUGAGUUCAGUAGGAAUUCAGCUUAAAAAUAAUAUUGGUUUUUAAAAUUUACAAGGUAGCUUGUUAUAAUUAAUAUGACAUUAAUAAGAAUAGGGCAAAUUUUGGUUCCGAAUUCAUGCAGAAAUACUGCAUUUUCUUGCAGCCCUAUCUUUAUAACAGUUCAUCUAGCCUGGGGAUGGGUAACAUGUUGAACCAAAUCUGUAUUUGAUUGUGUCUCUCACUUUUAAUGGUGCUGACCUGUGUGAGGUCUCUAAAACCAUAAUUGUGUGUUGAGGAGUCUGUGAGAAGCCUGUAUGAUAGCAGUCUUCUGUAGGCUUGCAUAGGAGAAGCAGCAAGGUGCUUGUUUCAUCUUGUGAGCAAAUAGGAUGAUGUAAAAUUCAUGAGACAUCCUUUUCAAAACUGUGGGGUUCCUAGGAUAAAUGAUGGUAGGUGCAACUGGCUGGGUCAGUGUUGCAGCUAUGUUUUAGGAAAUACCUCUGAUCAACAUCCUAAUGUCCAGAAUGCUUUCUCUUUUUUUUAGAAAGAGAAAAUAUAUAACCAGAAAAUUAAUAAUAUAAUAUAAUACUUAACCCACCAAAAUUGGGCAGUCUGUAUAGGUAGGCAGUCUUGCUCUGUGCAGUGAGCUGCUUCGUAUUGUAGUGCUUUUGAGUUUCAAGGUUUCCCUUCUAAUAAAACUUUGGAAUGUAAUUCUGUACAUGUAUACGCAGAAGUACCAUUUAAUUCAAUAGGACUUACUCUCAGGUAAGAGGUAUAGGACUGCAGACCGAGGGUUGCUUAUUUUAAUGUAGUAUAUCCUGUGCUUUCCCUGUAUGCAUAAAAUAAACGAUCAAAAUGUAAGAGUUUCAGUCAGCAGCUUUUAUGCUUCUUAGCUUAUAAUAUAAAUGUUUUCAUGUAGUUUUCUGGUGAAUUGAACUGCUUUAAUGAUGUGUAAAUAACUGCUUCUUAGGAUAUCUUGUUACUGGAGAUAUCCUUAUUUUAAAGCUUUUGCUAAGUGGAAUAGGAUUGUUCAAAAGUAGAUCGGAUGAAAAGCCUUUUCAACAUCUGCUGACCACAUACAUGUGACAUAGUUAUUCAACAGAUAGAUUCUAACGUUGGCUGCCUGGCUGUAUGAAGACAAGCAAUUUAGAAUUCCACUUGUGACUGUGGUGGUACAUGAAGGCUCCAAUCUGAUACUUAGGAAUAGAAUUCAAUGUAUAAGUCUCAUUGAACUCAAUUGGGCUUCUGAAGCAACAUGUUUAGGAUCUUACUGUAAGCCUAUGUUCAAAGGAGCAGUUUUAUACAAACUGUUCUAUAAGUAAGUAACUCGUAUUAGAGUGUUUCUGUCAGAUUAUUAUUUUCUGCAUUGAAUAAAAGUUCUAUAAUUUUCCUCAAUGUGUGUGGAGCAGCUUUGUCAUGGAGGAUUCCCCGUUUCAAGGGAUGAGUGUAUGGAUGUUUGUUUUUAAAUUUCAGCUGGGAAUGGGAGGGGCAGGGGGCACUGCUUCUGACUACUUAGAAUCAGCAGUAUCUUGUAUCAAGGGAAGUUGUAGUGCUUUUCUACAUAUUCACAGGUAUUGUGAUUACUGUAUGAGUAUAAUUGUGCAAGUACCACAAGCAUAUGCUCAUGCUUUUUAUGGAACUUCACAUCUUGUGAUUUAGAUGUUACAGCACCCAUGUGAGCACUCUGAAAAGCACUUCCUUUUUGUGGAAACAGUAGCAUUUUAAUGAAACUGGUGCCCUAGUACUAACAUUUGUACAAUAGCAUAGCAGUGCCUAUUCCCUGCAAGGGAGUAAGAACGAAAUAGGCCUUUAAGCCUUCCUUAAAGAGAGCAAAUAAUUGAAGUUAUGCAGGGCUUUUAGAAGAAAUAGAAUUGGAAAAUUUUCUAACGCCCCAAAGAAUGAUCUAAUUUAGCAUCCUUAUUUUACAUGUAUUUUAUCAGCAAAAGCUACAAAGUUUGAAACUGCUAAGCUUUCCUAAAAUUUAUUUGCAGUUGGCAUCUAUUCAUUGUUGCUAUUGAAUAUAAGAAUCAGAAAAUUUUCCGCAGAAAAGUAAAGGACUGGAAAUAGUUUUCACUCCACGUCACAGAAAAAAUGUAUUCAGAUAAGAUAAAACUGCAAGUUUUCCCAAAAUUUUUUUUAUUGAGUUCUUCUCAUUCUAAAUAAUAGUAGGAUUUUAACUUUUUAUUCUAAUUAAACAGUACCUUUAUUAAACUUUUGUACCCUUGUGUAAAGGAGAUGUGAAAGAAUCCUAAUGGGAAUAAUGCAUUUUACACUUGUUCUGAAUGGGAGUAUUAACCUAUGGAAUAAUUUUCAUCAAUGUGUAAAAUAAAUCAGCGCCUUAUAUGUCUUAUUCUUUGGGACCAAUAUGAUAAAAACAGUUUGUACUUUCAGUAAGUCAGAGGGCACAAGAGUGCUCUUUUAGUUAAGGCUCUGUCAUCAUAAGCCUCAAAAUUCUAUUGCUCAUAAAAAUGACAUCUUGAUGUAAUAACUUGAAACUUGAAAUAUAGGGAAUACCUGGUGAAGUGUACAAAUGUGCCAAGGUUAAAACAGAUCCAACAAAAAUUUCCAGAGGUACAGCAAGUUUAAAGGUGCUGCAAACUGACAACUUACUGUUUACUCCAAUUUUCAAACAGGCAUAUCAUUUCUUUCCAAUUUUGGUGAAAACUGCUGACAUUCAGAGCACUGAGGGAAGCACACUAUUUCAUUGGUUUGGUCAGGUUAUUAAGCUUUUCCUGCUCCAUUAAACCUAUGGCAGCAACUGCUGGCCAAGUUACAGUGCAUGCUGAGAUUAAUUCUGAAGUGAUUCCCCCCACCAGACUUCAGUGUUUGCAAACGGAGUCGUCUAGUGGAUGCUAUGUGCAAUGCCUUUUAUUUGUGGAGUGUGGCAAGGUGGUGCAGUGGUUAGACUGUAGUACACAAGGGAGAGACCUCCUGGCUUGCUGGAGCUGCUGGACAUGUUCAUGAUUUUUCCCGGUUUUUAGCAUAUAACUGCAGGGAUGGUGACUCUGGCACUGUAUCUCUCUGAGAUGCAUGCCAUGCCAUUCAUUGUGGGUUAAACCACAGAGCCUAGGGCUUGCCAAUCAGAAGGUGGGCAGUUCAAAUUCCCACGACGGGGUGAGCUCCUGUUGCUCGGUCCCUGCUCCUGCCCACCUAGUAGUUUGAAAGCACGUCAAAGUGCAAGUAGAUAAAUAGGUACCGCUCCGGCGGGAAGGUCAGCGGCAUUUCCGUGCGCUGCUCUGGUUCGCCAGAAGCAGCUUAGUCAUGCUGGCCACAUGACUUGGAAGCUGUACGCCGGCUCCCUCGGCCAGUAAAGUGAGAUGAGCGCCGCAACCUGAGUCGUCUGCGAUUGGACCUAACGGUCAGGGGUCUCUUUACCUUUAGAGCAGAAUGAAGGCAGAAAGGGCAGCACAAAGUUUCAGGUCUCCAGGUUUGCUUUCCAGGUGGUGAGAGAAGGAGGUGGAGGGAUCAUUGCCUUACACCGCCUUUCUGCAAUGUAAGGGCUCUCAUUCCCACCCUAUGUUUAUGUUGGGGUAGGACAAGAAAGUAUGGAUUGGGGGCCUCAUGCUGCCUUUCUGAAGGCAUAAAUGCAGUAAGUGCGCCCUGUUCACUGUUUCCUUCCAUUGUGGUGGGGAAAACACGUGAAGGUCUUACACUUGGGCCUUACACUGUCAAGCUCUGAUGCUCCAUAAGGUGAUACAGGACGAGGACAAUGUGGAGCAUCUUUGCUGGUCUCAGGCACUUGUACCUUCCCCAUCUGGAUUUGGGCCAGAAAGACCAAUAAGUGGUUUGUGCAUGGAGACUAAGUUGUAAGCAAGCAAGCACAGUUCUUGACAUUGCUCAUCAUCAUUGAUGAUGAUGGAGCAAGUCUGUUAAAGCAUUGGCUUUAGCUUCUGAUUUACCAGCUUUUGGGGGCUUGGCCAGUGUCAGAUACACUCAACUCUGCGUUUAAACUGACAUAUUUUUGAAUGACAUUAGGGCCUGUAUCCUAUGCUGUUCAGAAGAGCUUCACCUUUCUCUCGACUUGUCUAUACCGCUCUGUGUGCCCCCCAGAUUUUUGGGAGGGAGAAGUCUUGUUGAGCAAGCAGAUGCCACAACAUUGCACAUUGGAUUCUACCCUGCAUCUUUUGCUUUAGUAAUUGCUUUGGGUUUGUGCUACGGGGUACCGAACAGUAAUGUGCUAUUCAGCAGAGGACUGCAGCUUUAGAAAUUUCAUUUUCUUUAAAAUGGAAAUGGCAUUUGACUAUUCAGACUUGAGUUCUUCUUAUUUUUGUGUCAUUCCCUACAUUACCUUUGCACUACAAUGUAAAUAAGCAGUGUUGUAAUUUUAAUCACAGGAUUUUAUUGUACUGCUUGUUUUUUACACAUGAGCUUGCAGUAAUUCAUAUGGUAAUAAAAUUGUCUUGGGGGUGAGUGAGUUGGAGGGCUGCUUUUAACUCACCCAAGCUUGACUAGGUGGGGCUCCCAGUAGUUGCCUUGCAUACUGUGAACAUACUUCUGGUACAUACUGUUUUUGAAAGCUGGAGUCAUAAAUUAAGUGUUCUUAUUUUUUAAAAAGGCGUUAUGCGACUUGGACUUUGAUUCGCAUUGCAGCAUUAAGUAAAAGGUUUGCUAAUUAGACAGUUAACUUAAGUUGCUUAUAGGGUUGGUGCUGAAUUAAUUGUUUCUGCAGUUAAUGUUGAGUUUGACUGCAGUUAAUUUGUGGUUUACUUUCUGUAAUUACUGUAAAGAAAAAGAAAAAGAUUUAAAAACCAAUAUUUAAGCCUAUAUGUAACUGAAACUAUGAUAUGAGUAGCUGCUUCUGUCAUGAGAGUUAUUUAUUUUAUUUCUGCCUAAGAAAUAUUUUAUUUCUAAGACUUUAGGAGGAUAUUUUAUUUAUUUAUUUAUUUUAUUUCUAAGACUUUAGGAGGAUAACUACAGCACUAUUUUAAAAUGUGACUAUUUCAAGUCUCCAAAUGAUUUGAGUUUUAAGUUUAUGAGAAGAUAUGGAUGGAAGACCUGGAGGAAUCAAGCAAGAUAGUAUUCAAAUUAUAGCAGUGAUCCAAAGCAUUGUGGGAAGUGUGGUGUGCCCCCCCCACUUUUUAAAUUGAUAGACAUGCAUGCACUAAGGGAGGAAUUACUCUUGUUGACUUGGGGGAAAGUGUGAUGUCUUCUUCAUCUCCUCCUUGUUCAUAUAAAGGGCAGCAUGGCAACAGUGGCUAGAUUCCUACUCAGUCCUAAAACUUGCUGAAUGACCCUGGAUAAUGCUGAACUAGUCCACUAUCUUUCAGCUUAAUAUACCUUUCAGAGCUGUUGGAUAAAAUAGGGGGCAAUAUAUAUGCUGCCUAGAGCUCCUUGGAGGAAAGGAAGGACAUAAAUUUAAUAAGUUUUUUUAAAACAAAAUGAGUUAAUGUUUUUCUUUUAUUAAAAUAGAGUCUUGAUUUCAUACAUUGAGAGUGCUACUGUAGAAAGCGCUCCAGAUGGAUUUUGUCAUAUUGACUGUACUGGCUCUCAUUCUAAGUGGCUUUGGCAAACUAUUAUGUGUUAAAAGAUCUGUUAAGGUAACACUUUUCUCCUUUCACCAAAUUUCCUGUUCUUCUCUUCCCCCUUAAAAAAAUAUCCAUGGAUGCUAAAACUGCUUAUUUCAAAAACUAAAAAUCCUAGGAGGUGGAGACAGAAGCACUCCUAAAAUAUUUUUAAAUUUUAUCUAAUGGGAUUUGAGUUACUUGGCAGUGCAGAUAUUUUGAGAAGUUAGAAGUGAACUACUUUCAUCCCAAUCAGAAGAAAUAUAGGUGCCUAUUUAUGAGUGUGGAAAAAGUCAUGGAGAUGUUAGAUUCGCCCCCAGUGAUUGCUAUACAGGUGGUUGGAUUCAUGUAUGUGUAGGUAUUACCUUCUGUGUUGGCCUAGAGUCUAAAUUAGAGAAGAGUUCUAAUAGAGUGGCAGCUUUGGGGAAAUGCAAAAACCUCAUAUGCUUGCCCUAGAGCAUAAAAAGCACAUUUUCAAUUCUGGUGUCCUCUCUGUGGAAUCAACCCUGCUCCGCCCCUGUAUUAAGGCAAGCAAUAACACUUAAAUCACUUCUGUCCUUGCCAAAAACUCACUUAUUUUUUCAAGCCUUUGCUGGCCAUUUAAUACCAGUUUGUUAAUGUCAUGUCUGCCCUGGCCAAUUGGCUGCUUUUUUGGUAUAUAUAUAUAUUUUAACUGUUCAUUGCCUUGUGAUUUCAAAUGAAAGGUUGUAUAUAGAAUACACGAACACAAACGGAUGUUGACACUAUGUGUUUGUCUCUAUUCCUGCCUUUUAUUAUAUGAAAUGAAAAUAAUAGAAUACAUAAAUGUUGUUUCAGACAGUAAAAUCACAAUUUAAGAUGGCAGCAAAUGCUAUCAUACAUACCUUGAUCUAAAGAAUGGAAGAAUCCCUACCUACUCUCAAAAGCCUACAGAAGUGAGUGUAACAAUUUUGCCAGCAGGACUCACACUAAUUUAAGAAAUGGAGAUGCAGGGAGAAAGCAUAUACCUGUCUUUAUGUGUGCCUGUUUGUUCCCUGUGAGCGAUGAAUGAAGGUCCUUGUUGGAGCUAGGAGUGCCACUUCCUUUAUACUCAAAUUUUAGGCUUCCUUUCUACUCGUUUGGUCAAGUCAUGCCAAUGGAGAGGGGAAGUGGAGACCUUGUGAUAAGCAGCUAGUUUAUCUCAGAAUUUCCUGCCUGCUUUUCACCUCACCCAUCUUGCAAAUUAAGUGUUUGAAUGAAAGUCAUCCUAGUGGGCUGUGGCUGGACUGGCUAUCUUGUGUCUUCUCUCUGCCUGACCAUUACCUAGAUGGGCCUCCAUUUGCAAAACAAGAAAUAUCCUUCAACAAAUAAGAACUUUCCAUGUGCAUACAAAGACUUAAGUUUGGAAAUAAGUUGUGUGAUGAAGAGGUUUUGUGCGCCUCCUUGCGAGUUUUCACACCAGUGUACUUGCCUAUGUAGGAGACACUAAUUCUCAGUUAGACGUUCAAGAAAAAUCCUGCAAUCUUUUAAAGUUGAAAUGUUCCAGGAUAUUGUUCUGAGAACUCAAGAUAGACCAAUGAAGAAAAGGAGUGGAGCUGAAAUUAAAUUAUUUAAAUAGAUAAGCAGAUGUGUUAGGAAUUCAAAUAGAUAAGACUAUGUGUGGUAGAAAGGAAAGAGACAGGACCUUAGUUUUUAACUAUGUAAGAAUGUUAUUUUUGCAAUUGGCCUGGCUGUUUAAAGGCACAAUUACAUAAAUCCUAAUAAGUGAAUUUAUAUUUUGUGAAUAUGUUAUGUUUUAAGAAACAUUGUGUAUAGGGUGGAGUGGGACUGGAAACAUGAAGGCCAUGAAACCAUUGUUCAUUUUUGACAUCUGGAAUUCCUGAUAAAUUCUUUAAAAUUAGGUUUUUUCCCUAUUUAAUGUUACUCCUUAAGACAUGGUUGAAGACCCAAGCUAAAUUCCUUUUAAAUACAUUUUUUUAUCUCACUUGACAUAAAUUAGAAUAAUUCCCACAAAAUUGUAGUUCAUGAAAGAGCAUUUAGCCUAAUUUAUGUCCAAAGUGCUUCAUAUUUUGCCUGUCGCUGCUUUCAGCAUAUGCUCAAUAUGCUGUGCAGUUCUGAGUCACUAUUUUUACAAUACUGUAUUUAAAGUUAUUUUUUUUCCUUCUAUGGAAGCUUCUGUUGGAGACAAUUAAUUGAGUUGCUUUGGGGAACUGUACUCCCAAACCAUCAAAUAGUAGAUUAUUGUCUCUGCACAAGAAAAUCUGUUUCUAGUAAAAAAUGAUGUAAUGAAAAUAUUAAUAUGGGCAUGCUUAGGUUUCUGUGGGCUCCUAAAACCUGUAAGACCUCACACUGGUUUGUCAGAAGCUUUCCUUAAAUUAGUAAACGUUUGUGCCAUUUACUUAAGCACAUCUUUGUAUGUUUGAGAAAAGCUAAAGUAAACCUGGUUUGUAACCUAAAUUGAAGCACUGCUGCUGAAACCAGUAUUUCUGGAAAAGACAGGAAAUGUACUGGAAAAUACUCUGGGGUGUGGGAGCUUUGAUCCUGGGUUCCUCUUGUGUCAGAUAGAAACUAUUGCACCAUAUUUGAGUGCUUCAUCUCUCCUGUCAUCUUAGAAAUGGACUUGCUUGGGAGUGGUUCUCUUCUUUCUUCCAUAUGCAGCCCAGAUACCUAUUAAGUCUUGAAUAGUUCAGUGUAAAUAGGCUUUGGAGGGGUAGGAGCUGAACUUCCUUAAGGCCUUAUUCACAUGUUGUUUUAUAGGGUCCUCAAAACAGUAGUUAUUAUGAUUAUAACUGUCGUUAACAUCAGUCUCUCUGAAGUUUCCAUCAAUUUCUCUAGGUUUAAGAUGCUUUUGCAGGGACCACUUUUAUCCUUCACUGAGUUGUUAAACUCUUGUGUUUUAAUAUUGAUCCUUCUGGGCUUUUGUUCUUACACCGGUAAAGAAGUAUCAAUUAAAAGAACUGUUCUCAUACAACUUUCUGUCCUGGUGUGCACUCUUCUUAGACUAGUAAGAAAGAAGGAUAGGUGUAGUUUAGGAGCCAAGAACUAAUGUACCCAUCUUUUUUUGUCUACUGCUGUGGCUGAUAGACUGCCAAUGCCCAUUUUGUGUUUCUGCUUCUUUCAUAUCUACUUUCUCCAUACAUACUGAUCCCCAUGCUGGAAAAGGGCAAUAAGGCAGACUAUCUAUCCUACUGGGUUGUAGCAAAACUCCAUGGAUGUUGGAGACAGGGUGAGAGAGUUGGCUUUGGUCUCUUACUAUCAGCAGUGUUGCUUGCUGUCACUCUGUAGUAAGAAGGAGAAGUUUCUAAUUUCAGAACCCAACAUUUUUGCUAUGUCCUGGCCGAAGGGAAUCCUGCACACAGAUCCUCCUCUCCCAUUCUGGUAUCUACCUUCAUCGGGAACUGAAGUAAAUAUCAUAAAUAGUGUGUUAUAGUGCUAUAUUUCAAACUGUUUGAAUUCCUCCAUGUGGAUAAGGCAGAACAUCACGUGCAUACUUUCCGGUUACAACCUCUUUAACUGGUUCUUCACAGUACAGUAGGUCCACAUCUUACGCUUCUUUUUCUUACAUAAUCACAGCUUUAGAUGAAUCACAAAUAAAUACAUAGUAAAGAGGAGGGAGACCUUAGCUUAUCGGGCUCUGGAGGCUCUCGCAAGAUAUUGCGGGGCCAUCUGAAGGGUUUUCAUUCACAGAAACAGCUUUCUAAGCCAUGCGCCUUGCCUACGGGGCUCUCAAGUGGUAGUACAAGGCCCUUGUGGGGCCGUCCGAGACGUUGUGAGAUCUCAAAUGGCCGGGACAGUUCCUGGGUUCAUUCUGACUUUGCAUGCUUUUGCCUUUGUGGACUCCCGGACAUAACCCCAGUGCUCUCCAGGUGUUGUUGGACUGAAGCGCCUGUUAGCUCCAUCCAGCAUGGUCCAGUGGGUUAAGGAUGGUGGGAGAUACAAGGUCCAACAACAUCUGGGUCCCCCCACGAUGGGGUGGUUGGUCUGCAGGUUCAACUUGCAAGUCUUCUAAGCACCCUUGCAGCUGUAUUAUGAGGAAGUCACUGUGGGCACUUCCUGGCUGUAUGUUUAUGCAUGGAAUGUGGCAGAGGAUAAGGAUUGUGGAACGCAUUCUGCAUCUUGGGUUACCAGAGACCUAAUGGUAAUGAAACAAACUGGAUGACAAGUAGAGUGCAGGAUGUAGAAGAUGUGCUGCAAAACUGACUGAACAUGAGUGAGAACACAGAGCCGUGCCUACUGCAUAACAGUGAAGAUGGUGAAGAACACCCACUUUUCUGCCUUCUUUGCAUCCUCAGUGGAAUUUUGUUUUGUUUUGUACUCUUUGGGGUCUGCUUAUUUCUGAUCCAGGCAGUGGAAUUCUAGAUCCUGUGGGAUCCUGCUGUUAUUUGUUUGCAAGACAAUUUGAGGACUGCCCUUGAGGCUGACCCAGAAGCUGCAGUUAUUGCAAAAUGUGAUGGCUCGACUGCUCAUUGGAGUGGAAUAUCAUCAUCAUAUUACGCUACUGCUGAAAGAAUUGCACUGGCUGUCAUUUAGCUACCAGGCUACUCAAGGUGGCAACAUUGGUGUACAAAGCCCUGUACAGCCUGGUACCAGAAUAUCUAAAAGAUUAUUUCAUCCCCUACAUACUCAACCUAUCACUGUGUUCUGCAGGAUAGGGCAUCCUUCAGAUAUCAUCCUUAUCAAGAGGUCCAUUCUGCACAAUGUCUGAAUCAGGCUUUUAGUGUGGGCACACCUACCUUCCCAUUCUAUAUCAGACAGGUGAUAUGUCUCUUUGGUGCCUGCUAAAUACAUUCCUCUUUCAAGAAAGCUUAAAAAACACCCCAGUUGGCAUCUCUCUUGGAUUUGAAUUGAUUUUAUGUAUGUGCUAUUUCUAGUUCAAUCUGUUUUGAAUAUGUUAUACUGCCCUGCAAAUUGCUGCUGAAUGCCUCAUGGGAAAUGAGUAAAAAAAUGAAAUAAUAAGGAUUUGGCUCUAUGACAUUGUCAGUGUGGUUUCCCUUUAUGCCUGGAUAAUGUGUAAAAUGAUCCAUUAUAAGAAAACUUUUUUUUUAAAGCCAAACACAACAAAAUAAGAAUGUGUCAUGUGCAAGAGAGUAAAGGAUUAAGAUGUGUGCUCUGAUACAAGGGUUUGUCAGCAUUAAGAGAAGAACUGCUUAUUAAAAUCUGCUGAAGGGCAGUACCACAGAAGUAUUGAAGUAAUUGCUCCUGCUAAUGACUAAAAUGAAAAGGAGAAUAAAUUUCUUCCUUGAGGAUGUUUCAUUUUGGGGGAGAGUUAAAUAUUUUUCCUACUGUGAACAAGAGCAGACAUAACUUCUUUGCAACCUUCAGCCCACCUUUCCCUCCAGGGCCACGAAGCAUUUCAUUCCUCUACCAUUUGCUUUGGUUGUGUCAGUCAAGAUACUGAACGCCCAAGAUUUGUGUUAGGGCUUCUGUGCUAUAUCUAUUUCAUGACAACCACAAUACCAGCUAGAUUAUUAAAAGUUCUGGUUACCGAUAUCAUUAACUUUUUCUUUUGAAUUGUGCACCUGGUGCUGUCUUCUCAUCACAUCGAAACCAAGGGAGGUGUAUAACAGAACUGCCUUAUUUCAAGAGAAUGCCGUGAAACGUCUGAGUCGAGUUCCAGUCAGUAAUAGAAGGAUGCAUUGUCAUUUUCCAGAAUACUUAAGUCCAUAGAGACAAAUCAAAAGAAAACUGAAAGUUUAAUUUGUACAACUAGGACAGUAAGGGAGGAAGCUGAAGCAUUGGAAGUUGGUGCAUGCAAGCUAUUGAUAUAUAUUUCUAUCUGUCAUGGCAGGAAGAAUGAAAGCUGUCAAAUAGAGUGGUAUCACAUACAGCACUGGUGUCCAAAUUUUUUUCAAAGAGGGCCAGAUUUGAUGAAGUGAAGGGCCAUGAGGGCCGACCAAGGGGCCAACCUUUUUUUAGGAUUGAAGUUGUUGAGGGUUUUUAAAGGAUUUUACCCCAGGAGAAAAACUGCAACAGGGGCUGGAUUAAACCGACUGGCAGGCCAGAUUAGGCCUCCAAAAUGGACUUUGGACAUGCCUGACAUACAGGGACUAUAUCUCCAGAUGGCAUAGAAUCCCUGCCGUGAAACAAUGGUGCUGGACUGCUGUUUACAUCUUAUGGAAGCUAGGAGUGAAUCGCUUAUUCGGAUUGCCCUAGAAAGCAUCCUAAAUGCAUUUGAAAGCAUGGCAAUUGGCACAGAUGGUCAGAUGCAAUCUAAAAAAAGUCACCACUUUUUUUGGCAUAAGGCGGAAUAGCAAAGCAGAAUAGUUGACUACAGUACGUGGAAGUUCCUUGUGUUUACACCUACAGAGACUACAAUAAAGCUGAAGCGUAAAUAAUGCUAACCUCGGUUUGCUUCUGUUUAUGGAGGAAGCUGUGUAACCUUGCUGAAUUUCUUAUUCUACACUUUAUAAACCUGGAGAUGAUCUCCAUUCAUGUUCUGUUUUUCAAGCUUCAUGAGUAAAAUCCUCCCUAAUUAAAAUUACUGCUUUUGAAGGCUGACUUGGCAUGAUUCAGAAUGGUGAGGUUUGUCCCUGUGCAAUCCCUGCCUCUUUAAAGCACUCUCAAUCUUAUCUAUACAAAACCUUACAGGGAAAAAUGCAGACGUAAUUUAAAAAAUAAAAUUAUUAUACUGCAUUUAUAUAGCUGCCCCUUAACAGUUUUGCUCUUCAUGAGUUUGUUCAUUUUUGUAGGUCUUGUACUGAAUACAUUUUCUUAUUGUGUACUCUGGGGGGCGGCGGGGGGGAAUCAUCUUGUUGUUAAAACAUAUAUACCCGAAUGGUAUGGAGAAAUUGCACAUAUGCAACGUUCUGGCCUGUCAUUUUUUUGAUUGAGGGGCAUUGUUUUUCAAAAUCUUUUUCCUGCAGAAGCCCUCUUCUAAUCCUACAAGUGCCCUGCCCUUUUCAUUUCAUGCCUCCGCAUGUUGACAAGGGAGUAACAAAUAGUUUAUACCACUGAAAUUACAUUUGGCUAAGAUUUCUUUUAGGCAAAAAUUUUGCAGCACAAAAUAUUUCUCAUGCAAAAUGCAGCACUGGAAGAAAAAGUGAACCCUGACACAACUCAAGGGACAAGUGCUGACUCACUCUUUCUCUUCUCUCUCUCUCUGUUACCACUGAAGUUCAUGCGUUCAAAGUCCAGUGGGGUUUACUGAUCCGUAGAGCAUAAACAGAAGGUGGAAAGCAGUCAGUAAAGCACAUCCUUAACCUGUAAGUCUUUAACUUUGUUUCGCAAGGAGUGCAUCAGUUUUUUAUACUACUGGCCUCAGUACGUAUUUGCAUUGGUGCUUUUCCAAUAAUACUGCUGUGCCGGUUCCACCUAUGUUUAUAAAUAGUUACUGUAGGGAAUGACUAGAUAAAGCAGGUGUUCUGUUCCUGCAUUUCAGAUACUUGUGGUUGAUUGAAAUAUGUAUGCUAGUUAUUGGCCAGAAAGUCUGUAGCUGCAGGCACUGAUGGAGACUGGCAUGGGAUGUGUGUUCCAGAAGCUGAUUGUUUCAUUGUAUGUGAUGAGAGGUGGUUUUGAGACUUCAUGACCAAGUUGUACCUUGGAAGUCAAAUGGAAUCCAUUCCAGAAGUCCGUUCGACUUCCAAAACAUUCGGAAACCAAAGCUUCUGAUUGGCUGCAAGAUGCUUUUAGCUGCUUGGAAGCAGGUGAACUAGCAAGGUUUGUGGGGGUUUUUUGGCAGUGUUGUUGUUUUUGUUGUUAGAAUUAAUAUACCACCCUAUACCCGGAGGUCUUAGGGCCAGUUGACAGAAGAGAGAUAAUUUCCCAUUGGAAAGACUCCAAAGGACUCUGGUUAUUUCAUGGUCGGAUUGCUAGCUCCUGAAAGCACAAAAUCUUGCUAAUUCUAUGUUCCACUUGCUUACAUUAGUUAAACUGGUCACUUUACCAGGCAGACAGAACAUUCAACAAUAUCAAGUGGAAUACUUUAAGAGGUGGAGAGGUGCCCCACUUAAUGUCCCUUCUCCCCCCUAAAAAGUUGUGACAUGGCACUUUUCUGGUUGUCUUACACUUUAAUAGGAAAAUACUGGAAUAUAUAUGCAGAAUACACACACACACACACACACACACACACACACAGAGGGAAUAUAUCAAUAUAUAUUUUGAGAUGAAUUUUUAAAAUCUGCACUUUGAGUCUACAUUGGCUUACAAGGUGUUUUGUGUGUGUUUGUUCUGCUGCCCCACCCCCCAUAUAGCCUACUUGGCACUGAAAUCAAAGCCAAGAAAACGUAUUGUCACUGCACCUAGAGCAAUUGCUGUACUAUAUGCUUCACCAACACAGAUUUCUUCUUUUCAGUUUCAGUGAAAUAUGUUCGCUGCUUUUUGCAACCACGUACCAGGGAACAAAAAGCAGGCAUAUAGGGUCUGUUAUGGAUGGGACAGUUAUGUGAUUUGUAGCGUUUUCUCUUCAAAACAUUUGCAAGUAGGAGCUGGAAUAUCUCAGUUGUCACUCUAUUUUGAACAGAAUAGUUUCAUGUAUAGGAUCUCUGACAGAGGUUUCCUCUGACUUCUAUUUAAGAUCUUUUAGUUGGUAAUGUUAAAGACUGAUUCUGAAACCCCUUGGAUGCCAAGCAUAAGAUUUUGUCACAGAGGAUUACAUGUGCUUGUCCUUCAUAACAAGCUGCAGUAAGUUUGUGUGUCAACAAGGUGCAAAAUGUAUUGUUCAAAAUGGGCCUUUGGUGAAAGCCAGACUCUGGGUGUUUUCCUCAGAGGUCUGCCCUUUGCUUCUCUGUAGUGAGCUUCCAAGCGCUAGAAAGUAUUCUAAAAUGCAUUUAAUGGGUUCUGAACCAAGUUAUUUCCAAGUAUACUUUUCAGCUGAUUGGGAUAACUACUGAUGUUACUUUUUCUCAUGGCUAAUUCUUCUGUGCUUGGGGAAAGCACAUUAUUAAUGAAGUGUUGGUAAGAUAGACCUCUUGAGAACCCAGUCAGAUGCAUUUGAUGCUAAAGUCAGUUUAAUGUAUACAUACUUUUUAAUGAAGAGUUAACUCCUUUCAAUACAGGGAUAUACCUAUACAAAGAAGUCCAAUAGAAUCUGCAGUGACCGCAGCGUAAAAAUAAAAUAAAAAUCCUACCAAACAUCAGAGGUCAUCCUAUGGGCCAUCUAUAUUCCAAAAAUGCAGAAACUGUAUAAGGACAGCUAUAAUAUUGCAAAGGCAGUGUUAAACUUUUAUCUGUUAAUUUUUUUCUCAUGCUUCUUUUGAGUUAUGAAAUCAGAAUCAUAAAUUAGUUAAAUAAGCAAAUAAGAAAUGGUCACACUGUAAAUUAAGCGGGAAAACACUCACAAAUGGUUGAUGAAUUGAGCAGGUUAGAAUACCACAAAAUAAUUUAUGUUAUCUAUUUCUUCUUUUGAUCUGAAAUGGAUUAAAAUUCUGAUUUCCCCCAGGAGCCAGUUCUUCAACAUUUUUAAAGUAGUUGUGUUGACACUCCUUAAGCACUUGUAUGAGAAAAUAAAUUGAUCCUUAUAUAGUACACGUUGUCUGCUUCCUCCCCCCCCCCCAAUAAAUUUAGUCUCAAACGAUUGUUAUUGAAGAUUGCAUUUGCAUCGGGUACCUGAUGCUGUUUUCCUGCUUAGCAUAUGCCUUUAGCUCCGCAACAACCACAAUAUGGAGUAGGCCUUAUUUGCAUUUUGGCCCUGCUUCAUUCAAAACUCCUUUACCCUGUGUUGUGCUUUACAUAUUCUGCACCAACACACGUAACAAAAUAGUGAAUGUAAAGAGGUCAAGUGCUGCAUUUUGUAGCUACUUCGUACCUUUGCUGAUAUAAAAUGAAACGUGCUAGCCUAAGGGCCAGCCUUAACAUUAGUCAUAGUGAGGCAAUUACCAGUGUGCACAAAAAUACAGGAUCAAUCACCUGAACUCCUUGGCUAUUCGCUUCUGUUAAAGAUCAGAACUAUGUGUGCCACGAGCUUGUCAUGCACUCUCUAAGCUAGCCUGCUUCCCUUGGGUACACUGAAGGAUGCUGUCCCAUUGCCAGUGUUGAAUCAAGAUUCAGCUGCCAGCCCAGUCAGCUUCUGUCCAUGGAAUGGAAGGGGCAGCUUCGUUCUUUGCCUCAGGCAACCAAAUGUUUUAGGCCAGCCCUGUGCAGCCAGACUGUUCUACUGCAUGUAGUAAUGAACUUAAGUGGGAUAACAUUUCUUAAGAAAUAAAGGUAUAAUGCUAAAUACAUUUUCAAGUGACCUUGGUUCUCUUUUAUUUCUGUUGAAAGAGUUUUGUGGUACCUUAAAACUAACAAUUCUUUCCCCUGGUGUAAGCAUUCAUGGAUUAGGGUCAAUUUCAUCAGACAAAUAUUUUGUUUGCUGCUGCAGACAAAUAGAGCAGCCUCUCUGGUAAAUAAAUACAGUACUUUACCAACUUUCACUAGCGUAUGUUUUUUCUUUGUUGUGUUAGCUAAAACUUGCUGCGGGCUCUGACAGUUCCGUUUCCUCUUUCCCUUUAGCGAUCAAACUUGGUACAAAAACAACUGCUAUCAGUGGAGAUGCUUGAUUCUUAACUGUCAGUUUUACUGUUGUUUGUUACAACUUACUUAAAAAUAAUCUAUGUAGUGCUUGGUUGUAAGGGAACCUUAAAGUGGUUUACACAAAAUACAAAAUGAAACAUUAAAAUUAUCAAUAGACAUUCAAAAGAUGAUUAAAAUCAAUAGUAACUGAAAAGAAAUAAAACACAUGAAACUUAUAAAUGUCUUCGAUUUAAGCAAGGGCCAAAAAAAGAAAAGGAAAAUACUGCAAAGGGGCUGCUUUCUGGGUGGAAUGGGAGGAAACUGGUGGAAAAGCACUGUUAGGCCGAUUUGUUCAUUAGUUAGGGAGCUGUUUCCUAAUAGGCUCGAGUAAUGUGAGCUCUGAUUAUCUGUAAGAGGAGCCAUUUGGUGUGGGACCAGACAGUGGAGAAGAAGCUUCCAUGCCAUCCUGGUAAUGCAUGAUACAGCUGUUCUUCCUUUACUCACCAGAUAGAGAGUGGAAGUUGGCACUCUGUUGACUGUGCAGUGCAAAUGGAUGGGUGUGCAUCUUACCUUGUGUAGAUGGCUUUUUCUCAGGUAACCCCAUCUUUUUGCCCCCUUUUUCUUCCUCAAGGUUCUUUCUUUAGAGACAUCAGCAUUGCCCUGAUCCUCUGUUUCUGCUCUUGUUUCUAGGCAGCAUGCUGAUGGACCAUCUGUUUUUUGUUUGAGAACUAUUCUCCCCCCCUUGUAUGACAGCUGUGGCUUUAUGGUUAGACUGGCUUUUAGAUAUCUCACAUUAAAGUAGAUAACAUAUCUAUUUUAGAUACCAACAUGGACCUUGGGUAAUUAAAGAAUAUUGAUUUGAAUUACAAAUAAUUGGCAAGAAGGAGUGGGAAAGAAUUGCAUUAUCACCUGUCUCACCUAUGUGAUCAGCUAUGAAAUAUUGUGUUUUGAUUCGACUUUAAAAUUAAGGUUAAAGUUCUUGUUUAACCUACCCUAUUGUUGUUGUUGUUGGCAUCUGUCUCGAGAGACUAUGGCUCACUCCUUCGGGGUGGGAAGUCAAAACUCUGGAGAAUCACAGCGGCUGUUGUGACUGCAGAGACUCAUAACUUGUAACUGGUGUGACUCACGUUAUUUUUGCUGUAUUAGCAGCACUGAAGUGACCCCUUUGGGCCGCAAGCCUUGACAGUGUGUAUGGAGGUCUGGGGCUGCCCAGACAACAAGACGCCCCCCAGCCUUGCUAAUGUCCAAAAGAAAGCAGAGCAAUACAUUUGGCACCAGCUUGGCAACUAUUGAAAAGGCCAACCCUGGAACCAGUGGAUUGUAACAACUAUCACCCAGUUGCAAAUACAUCCUUCCUGAGGAAGGGAUUGAAAGAGUUGUGGCAGAACAACUGCAGACAUACCUGCAUGAGACUGCCUGUCUGGAUCCAUGCCAGUUUGGGUUCAGGCCUGGGUUUGGGAUCAAAUCUGCUUCGGUCACUCUGAUGGAUGACCUUUAUAGAGAGAAGGACAGUGGGAGUGCAAUCCUGCUCCUUCUGCUCAAUCUCUCAACUGUCUUUGAUACCAUGGUUGAAAACGGUAUCCUUUUGGACUGACUCUGUGGGGUGGAUAUUGGUCUCACGGUGCUACGUUGGUUCCAUUGCUAGCUGAAGGAUCAUGAACAAAGUGUAGCAUUGGGAUACAGCUCUUCGGCCCCUUGAUGUUUGCGCUCUGAGGUGUCGCAGGGCACUAUUUUGUCCCCAAUGCUAUUCAACAUCUGUAUGAAGUCAUUGGGAGCAGCCAUGAGGAGCUUUGGAGCCAGGUAUCAGCAGUAUGCUGAUGAUACCCAACUCUACUUAUCCAUUUCAUCUGAAUCAGGGGAGGCUGGAUUACUGUAACACACUUUUUGUGGGAUUUCCCUUGUAUCUGGUCCAUAGACUGCAACUAGUACAGAAUGCAUUAGCCAGGCUCCUCACAGGAGCAAAUUACAGACAACAUGUUACUCUAGUGCUGAGAGAACUGCACUGGUUGCCAAUUUGCUAUCAAACCAAUUCCAAGGCUCCUUUGUGAAUUCGCAAAGCCCUGAACAACUUAGGCAUAAAGUACCACCUGAUCUCUUGUACUCCACCUCAGUCACGGAGAUCUUCUGGGGCUUUUCCAUGACCUGGAAGUUUAGUUGGCCUUCAUUAGGAACCAAUCCUAAUGUGGCAGAUCCUUUUUCGACAGGUUUUCACAAUAUGAUUUUUUUCUUUUUAACCAACAGUAUCUGUUGCAUUUUCAUCGAUGUUUUUAAUAUGUUCAUUGACUGUUAUUUUUUGUAUUUUAUGUUGUAAGCUGCCUUCAUAUAUUUUAUGAGUAGUCAUAGUCAAAAUUCAGCACGUUCCCUUCUAAACCAGAAUUUGCAAACCCACUAAACAGUAGUUUCACAUUUUUGUUAAGAAGCGAGUCUGGAUGCUAUUAAUAAUUUUUAGCAUUGGUGCAGGUGUAAGAUUAAACUAUAGUUGAAUUGGACAAGAGGAGGAAUUUCAUGUUCCUGAGCAUGAUUUCUAACUCACAAACCCAAGUCUGCAGGAGCUAGCACUAUUUCUGCACUAGGCCUGAAGCAAAAAGUUGCAUCAGAACCUGACCUUCACAUUUAUCUAACGGAAAUUUCCAUCACAUAUGUAUGUAUUACAUUCUGACUUUUUUUGUCAUUGAUAAGGUUUUCCUUUCUUUCUUUAUUGCUGCUGUGUUCCUCCAGGAACCAUUAGCUACCGGUAAGUAUUUCAAUUAAAUCAGAUUUUACAAAGUUUUGCCUAGUGAGGACAUUAGACCCUCGCUGACUUCAGUGAAAACUUUGUAUCCGAUGGACACGUCUGUUACCUUGAGUGCUUUCUCAGAUAGUUGCUAUUACCCAGUUGAAGAAAUUGUUGGAAGUAAGAAUAAUCAGGACACUGUAGUCUGUGUUUGGACUUCAUGGUAGACCUUGGUUUAUUGUGAAGGGAACAAGCAACCCUGAGCUUUGGGCUUGCAUGCUCCCCAUCCCCUCUCCUCCUUCAGUUCAUCUUGGUGUCUAUUAGGAGAAGAGAUUGGAAGCUUUUGAUUCCAUUUUUGAUUAACUUCAGUUGUGUGUGUGUGUGUGUGUGUGUGUGUGUGUGUGUAUAUAUAUAUAUAUAUAUAUAUAUAUAUAUAUAUAUAUAUCUGGAAACAGUACAAACAGUAUUGUGAGCAGCUUAAAUUAUGCAAACUGUAGCUGAAGCUGUGGCAGAAAUGGAAGGCUGUGCUAUUUGUGUCAAGCUUUUCAUAGUGAAAGGGGAUGUCCUGCUUGAUUCUCAGUAACAGUUUUCAAAGUACUUUUUAAACUAUUUGUAGGGUGCUGAGGGUUCCCAAGCAGUGUUCACAACAAGUGUGUUGUCCCUGUGGGAUAGCAAAGCCAGUAACAGUGCAUCCUAACUCAUCUUUCUUUACCCCAUAUGCAGUGCAAAAGAAGCCAGUCUAGGCUAUUGAUAGAAAAUACUUGGCAAGCAAAGAGAGAUAAAAAUAGUAAUUAAUCCCUGAAGUCUCAAGCAUCUCCAUGUGUAUAGUGUGUUUGUAUGCUUUUCUCCUUUAGCAUCCAACUGAAGGAAGUGAUUUAUUGUGUAUUUUUAAUCCCUGUGGCACUUUGGUGAAUACUGGUGGCAUGUUAUGUGGUGAAGGCUGCAGUUACUUGUGUUUGAAAUUGCACAAAUGGCUUUACUUUCUCAAUUAAACUCAACAUCUUGUAUUUUAUUCUGUGAACCACCCUGAGAUCUGACGAGGGGUGGUAUAUAAAUUUAAUAAAUAAGAAUGAAAUAAGAAUACUAACAUAAACCUACUGAGUGCCUGAUCAUCGCCAUUAAACUUAUUACAUUCUUUUUUGUAUUGCCACUUAAUAAGCUUCUGGGUAAAGAGAGCAAAUGGAGGUUAUUAGGACGAUCUGAAAACAAGAUGUAGCCCAUCUGCUGAGAAGGCCUGCACUUAUAUAAUGCAAAACCAUGGUUUGUUCAAGCCAUAGUUUAACAAACCACAAGUUAACCAUGAGUCAAACAAUGACUUUUCCCUCCAUUUGCUUUAUAGCUGCUCUUGCCAGAUGCCGUUAUGGCUUGAUGAACAUUUGGGCUGGGAUAGGCAACUGUCAGAUGGCUGUUGCGGUUGCUCGAGAGUAAUCAGCCAGGACUCCAACCUGUCUUUUACAGGCUUUAUUUUGGUGCAAACUAUUUACAGUGAAGAGCCCCAAAGCUCAUGUCUGGCUCAAUCGCUAGCAGAAUCCGGGAGUGGUCAUCUUUUGGACCUCCCCCAACAUAAGAGUUUCAUUACCGCCAGCCUUCUCCUUCCCUCUUUGCGACUUAGACUACUGCGUAGGAUGGGCGAUGGCAAGGGCGUGUUUCCCUCCUGUCCGGCUUGCCCAGGAGUGGUGUUAAGGCUCCCACCAGCAUCCUCUGGUCCUUGCACCUCUUCCCCACCGGAGGUGGGGCUUUCCUCCUCCCUGGAAGAGGAACUGCUUCGCAAGAUUUUCGGAGGCUCCCUGUAACACAACUGCCCUUCUAUUUCUUGCCUCUGAGCCGAUGGCAGUUCCCUGACAGCAAUUAACAGUGGUUAAGGAAGAAUGCUGUGUUAACUUGGCUUGUAAAACAGCAAACGGUGGCUCCAGAAAAUGGUUUGUUGGCAAUAAGCAAACUUUAGUUAAGCUGCUGUGCUCGGCUUGCAUAUAAUGCUAAGCCACAGUAUGGUUUAGUGUCUUAGUGUUUUUGUGAAAACCAGGCCAUUCUUGCAAGUUUUCAGUUGUGUAAGUAGGAAGAACCACCUUUAUAAACCACUUGGAGGUUUUAUUCACAGUUAAGCAGUAUACAGAUUUUGUUAAAUUAAAAUAAAAUGCUGCAAUACAUUCCUCAAAACUAGCUGUGACACUCUGCUCUCAUCAGCUGUGUUCUGAACCAAAUGAACCUUUGAAAACCAAGGGGUGAAAUUUGAAGCUGAGUUUUUGAAGCAGCUAAUGGGUCUGUUUGUGUGUGCGUGCACAUGCCUGAUCUCACUUUAACCAUCUUCUGGUUUUUGGGUGAGCAGGAUACACUGCUCUAUAUACCCCUCUUCUUCUUCUUUUCUCUAUAAGGGUUUAAACCUUCUCUUUUUAAAUGAAAACUAAAUUAUCUAAAUCGCCUGUGUAACUUUAUCUAGAAGGCUUUUGUUUUAUUGAAGGUACAGGAUGGCCAUAUUCACACGUAAUGCUAAGCCAUACUACUGGCUCCAGGAGGAAGAAUGUGCCCACUUUCCUCCUCCCGGGCCCCUUUAGCUCAGUGUGGUGUGGCAGGUUUGGCUCAGUGUGUUAUCCAAACCCAGGGUUGUGCUUGAACUCUCUCCCUAACCACAAUCUGUCCUCAGGGUUUGUUUUUGGGUUCGCUGCCAAGAUGCACUGCCUCUCCCCAAAUGAACUGACUCAGACCCUGCAAUCAUCACCUGAGGCCCUUCUUCGUACGCCUCCUCUGAGAGAGUGGUGGCAGCACGAGCAUGGGCCUUUUUGGUGGUGGCUCCCUGUUUUGGAAUGCUCUCUCCAGUGAGGCUCGCCUGGCGCCUUCAUUAUAUAUCUUUAGGUGCCAGGCAAAAACAUUCCUCUUCUCUCAGGCCUUUGACUAUCUAUGGCCUUUUAAACUGUGUGUGCUCAAGUUAUUGUUUUUGUUUAUUAUUAUGAUGUGUAUUUUUGUGGUUUUAUAUUGUAAGCUACCAUGUGAUCCUUGGAUGAUGGGUUGUAUAGAAAUUUAACUGAUGAUGUUGAUGAUGAUAGGACCAGGGAGUAGCAAGUUCCUCUCUGGGUUUAGCACAUUUUCAGUAAGCCUACAGUUGUCAGCAUGUAAUAAAUACUACUUCCCACUUUGAGUUUUGUUUGUAUAUUGCUUUGUUCUCAUUCUGGUUCUGUUCCUGUUACUAGUAUAGAAUAAGUAUACUGGUCAAGUGAUGUUCCUCUUUUGACAAGAAGGCUUUCUGGAUUUGUUGGUUAGGCAAGGGGGCUGUUCACUUAAAGGAAAUGUUGCCUUUUUCUACAAGUUUUCAGAUUAGGCAUUCAGAAGACUUUGCCAAUGUACACCUUCCUGCCCUAUGUAUCUUAUGUGCCUACUUGGUUUUUUCAAAUGAAAAAGACACUUCCCUCUUUAUUACAUUGGACAAAAUUGUGGGAGUUAUUUUCAUAAGCUAAACUAGAACAAAACUAGACGUCAAUUCAAAACAUCAAGGAGCUGGGUUCAGGAGAUACUCAGGGGUCAUUCUCUGUGCCAUUUUUCACACAUCAUAUCCCCCCCGCCCCACAAUACAGAACUUAUAUCAUUGUAUCAUCAUAUCUGAACUACAACACAAGUAGAUCAAAAAGCUAUUGCAAGAACGUCCAUGAAUGUUCCCUUCAGCCAGGGAUGGGGGAACAUGUGGCCCUUCAGAGGUUGUCAAACCCCAAUGAGCCCUAGCCAGCAGGACCAAAGGUCAGGGAUGAUGGGAGUUGUAGUCCGGCAACAUCUAAAGGGCUCCAGGUUGCCCUGUCAUCUUGCACUUUUUUGUGUAAAAUAAAAUGCUUGUUUCUUCUUUUUCCUUCAUGAAAAGUGGAUUGGUUUAGAGUUCAAUAGCAUGUUGCCUGAAACAAAAUUAAUUCCGUAGUAGUAUUUUACUGUCUCUCAUCCUGGUUUGUACUUUGUAGUUUCCUUGACCUCAUGCAGCGACUAAAACCGGAAGUUUUGCCUUGAUUGCCUGAUUUAUCUCAAACUGUAGCUUACCAUGACCAUGCAAACAUGCUGACUUCCAGCAGAAGCUUGUACUCAUCUAAAAUAUUCCCUGGUCCUUUUAAUGCUAACAAGAUGUAAGUGUAAAAUCACAAUUGUUGGUUGGUUGGUUGGUUGGUUGGUUUUUUAAAUACGGUUUAUUCCAUUAUUUUGUUUGAUAAUGGGGUUUGCCAUGGUAUCUAGUAACAUUGCCAUAUCUAGUACUGUAACAUGGUUACAGUAACAUUGCCAUAUCAAUAAUGCAGGAUCAUAGUAUUUAACUUCUUUUCUAUUUCUAUGGCAAACGUGUUUUCUGUGGAUCUCCAAGUUAGUAUUUCUGAUUUAACAGGAGAGGGGGAGCAAUGGUGAAUUUCAUCUAUUCCAAUAUUGGGGUUGUCAGACUUUUCUUGAACUUUUGUGUAACAUUCAAAACAGCCUAAUCUGGUGGACAGAAAGUCUUAAGCAUAUAGAAAUAUUUACAUCUUCAUAAAAAUAGUUAGCAUUUAUUGGACUUCUGACGAAUUUUAAUUUGUGCAUUUUUAAUGUAAAAGUGGAGCUGUCUGUCUCAUAUUCAUUUUAUAAAGCCAGAAGAGCUUAUUACUUGCUGAUAUUGUUCUUAAACAAAGCGAAGAUUCUCAGAAGUGAAAUAUACAACAGAUGCUAUACUGGAAAUCAGACACCACAAUUCACUGUGCGAUUGUGGUCAUGCAGAUGUCUAGCCUCUCUGACCUAGUUUCAUGCAAAACUGAUUUAAUCCUUCCUAGUCCUAAUUAUGGGGUUGCUAGUAUGUGACAGGGAUAGAGAGAUUCCUACAUAUGUAGGGUAAGGUCACAACAAGGAUUUUCAGAGACUACAUUGUGAUGAACUGGUUCCUUGGGCAGAGUCGUAGCUAUGGGGCGUCUAGCUGGGUUUUUUACCCCGGGUGAAGCCCCCAGAGGAGGGCCAUUGAUGCUCCCAACCUGUGUGUGUGUGUGUGCGCGCAAAUGUGCAUGGGGGGUGUACCAAACUGGGUUUUUGACCCAUGUAAAAUAAAGCCUAGUUUUGUCGCUGCCUUGGGCAAUGUGAAUCUGCAGUUAUAUAGUCCAGCUUUACAUGAAUCUUGAUUCAUUCUCUCUCACAUUGGAAGUGAAUAUUGGCUAGGUUGCCAUCUCUUGUCGUAGGCCACUACCAGAUUUCACAAGGUGAAUUUUUUAUUUAAUUCUCCCUAUUGAGUUAAAAAAUAUCAGUGUCGUAUACAGUUCUCUUCUCUUGUCCAUAUUUAUGGCAUUUCCUCUGAAUUGAGAAUGUCCUUGUUGACUCUCAGUGUUUCUCACUGUUAGUGCAGUGCAAUUUAUUUUGAACUGACAGCCAACUUAGUCUAGCCCAGAACUGAACUGCUUCCACACACUCUCUUUUCCCAGUUUGUAUCAAAAUGAAUUUGCAAAGAAUAAAGUAUGCCUGCAUCAUUAACUUGUGUUAAGCGCAAAGUACCUGUCCUCUAAAGCAGUGUUGUCCUUUAAUACCUGUGUAUAAUGACACUUCCAUAAACCAAAGAAAUAUUUUGAUUUACAUAUAAUGAAAAGAUGGAGCUAUAUAAAAGUUGUCACACUUCUCAAUAUUUUUCUCUCCUUUUUUCUUUUUUGCUUUAGGAUUCAAGUGCCCUGUUUGUUCCAAGUUUGUCUCUUCAGAUGAAAUGGAUUUACAUCUUGUGAUGUGUUUGACAAAACCAAGGAUAACCUACAAUGGUAAGAAAGUAAGCUAAUUACUGCUUGUAGUAUGUAACUGAAUUAAGAUCAGCUGUGAACUAAGUUGAUACAAUUAUUUAAACCAGCAAAUACAAAGAACUAUUUACUAAUGCUUACUUGACACUGAUAAAAACCUCACAUUUCUGCUGACCCAUUCUGUUAAUUAUUUCAUCCAUUUCAUUGAUGCCUCUCUUAUAUGUUUUUGUUUUCAUUUCAUUCUUCAAGAGCCAUAAUCAUUCUAGUUGGGAAACUAGUUGGGAUACAAUUAUUGUUUGGACAUAAAAUCUUGGUAUUUCAGUCGUGCAAGUGAGUCUUUUCUAGUUUCCUGACUUUUUGGUAUUGUCUGAAUGGGGCACUAAAAUAUCUCCUUCCUCUGGAGUAGAGUACUGAAAAUGAAAAUUGGUUAUUUCAGAACUCCUGGCAAUAAUUGACCAUCAAGGCUAAAACAAAAAGUUGAGUCAAUAUAGCAGGUCAUUGAAGAGCAGAUACAUUUGCGGGUCACAAACAGCAGAUUUAAGCUAGUAAACCAGGAGUUGGUGGUUCUGUCUGUUUUGUUCCCAGAUUCUUUUAUCCAGAUGCACACUUACUUAACUUCUCGUAAGAGUACAGAAAUAAUAUAAUUAACAAAUCAUAUUUUAGCACUGAGCAAUCCUGAGCAAAUCCUGAGCAAAACAUUGGGUUCACAUACACCCCUCUCCUUUUGCCCUCUUUCUCCUGUGUGGCCAGAAGAACAACUUCUACUGAGUUUACUUUCAAUUUAAAAGGAUCUCUUUGUAAUAUUAUUUGGAAACCAGGAAUCCUGGUUUAAUACAAAUAGUAGUUGCCAAACAAUAUAACUUGCAUCACCCAUGGUUUGAAUUUGGUUUGUUUAGGAAUUAACCAUUGCUUUAAACUGGGAUUCCUUGUUCACAUAACACCAAGUCGAGAAUAUUUGGAAAUAAAAGUAAGCACUACAGAAGUCUUUCUUGUGGCUGUGUGGAAUAAGGAAGGUGGGCUAUGUGAACCCAGUGCUUGCUUGGGUUCAGUGUGUCUCAUCCAUAUAAUGUCAAACUAUGGUUUAGCAUUUUGUGUGAUCCAGUGAGUCCUAUUGUAUGUACUUUUUACUUUCUGUGGUCAGACAUUGGGUCCAUAUCUUUUCCUUAAAACUACAAUGUGGAGAAGUGUGUAGGCUUUAGGAGUAUACUGUAGAUACAGGAAUAUUUCUGUUGCCUAGAACAUGGGUUAGAACAUGUGACAAGUGGUUCCUUUUUAUAACAUCUGAAGUUCUCAGACCACACAAAAUGUUGUGUUUUAGUUAAGUAUUAUAUGUUUGUUUUUAUUUUAUUUGGAUCUCUUGAAAGAUUACAAAGUAUAAAUCUGCAACGACUUAUUGCAGCAUAAUUUCGGGAUACUUUCUGUUGUAAUGUACAUAAAGGUUUUUACUUAUAUUUGAUAGUUUUCUAACAUGCUGGUCAAUCGGUGCAAUUCAUUCUCUCCCACAACUAUUAAAUUUCCAUGUUUUCCACUACACUCAAUAUGUUUGCAGCCUUUUACAACUAUGCUAAGAUAAUGUUUCGGGUCUCUUGCUGUCUUGCCCAGUAUGUAAAUCAUGCUAUUUUACAGGGUUUAAAAAUUAUUAUUCCAUUGUUGAAGGCAUUUAGCCUAGAGAGAGCCUUGUCCUAUUUGACUCUUUGAGAACUGUUGUGAUCUUUUUAGAUGGUUAGAUAUUAAAUAAGCCAUUGUGUAACGUGGAUUUUAAAACAGAUUAGAAAUGUAAAGCUAUUACAGUAAGGAAGUUUGUAAAGCUACUGUACAACCACAAUAGUGUUUAGUAUGAUAUUCUUAGAAGACAGAUCAAACCUGUUGGUGCUAGCAGUUCAUGCAGAACACCAGCCGUAUCUGUUUUGCCUCAUUGUUGCCCCAUGUGAAGUAUAAAUCCACACUGGAAAGAAGUCAUCCACCUCUGCUGCUGUUGAUUGCAAGGGAAGAUGGACAAAGCAGCCUUUUCCAAGGAAGAUUGCGACUUAGCUUUUUGUGCAUAUAGCCAGGCAUCCAUAAAUACAUGUGUGGAUUCAUAAUACAUCUUUCCAGUGUCGAAUGCUUCAAGCAGGGAAGCAAUGCUAUCAAAUCUCAUUAGCACUGGGGGUUGGAGAAGGUUAAAAAAUGGCACAAAUCCAUAAUGCUCUUUUGUUUCCCUUUUUGUGCCACACUGCAAAUGAGAGGAAUCCUGUCUCUUCCCCAAGCUCUCUGCGCAUCCUGGAGGAGCUGGGAUGGGGAAAGAUUUGUGGGCAACCACACACCCAGGCUGGCUCAUAAGCCAAGACUAUCUUGGUCAGUUGUUGCAUGUAACCACCUCAUUAUUGCACUAACAUACCUGAUCAGAAAUCUGAGAAAGUAGGAGCGUGCUUCAUGUAUCUUCACCACCCUCAGGAUUAUUUGAACAACUGGGUUACUGAGUAGCUGCACAUCAUGGAAAGUUUCUACCUAGUCCUCCAUAUUCCCCCAGUCUCAGAGCCUGAAGCAUGAUACUUGCUACAAGGUAUAUUGUGCUGAAACUUUGGUUUCAGACUGCUUCUCUUUAUUUUCCUUGCUCCUUACAAAAAAAAUGACCCUGAAAAUGACCCUUACUUAGCAAUACGGAAAGACUGUCGCCCAGCUUCCACUCAACAGCAAAAACAAUGGCUUUAUGAGCCACUGUGUUCUAUGAACAGGCAGCUGAUCGCUGCCCCUUAAAGUGGCGAUUCAGAUGUCAAGUAAUGAUACCAGUAAUAAGGUUCCCUAUUUGGAGAAUGCCCCCCUUUGCUUGCUUAUUAUACUGUGUGUAGCUACAAUCUGUAUAGCUUGUGCAGUUCUCAAGAGUUUUCUAUUUGCAUAUUACCCUUCUGAUAUGCCUACCUUGUGCUAUUUCUGGCUUCUAAGGUAAUGGCCUUUUAACUACAGCCUGGUCCUGAGGAGUUAAAACUAUUAGUGAUGCAUUCGGUACUGAAGAGAUGGAAUAGAGGGCAGGAAUAGCAUUUCAUUUCUACUCUGUUCGAGACACUGGUGUAUAGUUGUGCUGAUUUUCUUUAAAUGACAUGGUGGUUAUACUCUGUGCAUAUUUUUUUUUUAAGUCAGUACUCAGAAAUGCUGAGCUCCAUGACCCUCAUAAAUAAUAGAAAUUGAGCAAGUGUGCAUAGUUUUUCUUGAUUUACAUAAUUGUUUCUACUGUUGCAAAUCAAAGGAGGGGCUAACACUGCAGCCCAGCACACUGAGUCCUUCUCAGCCAGUUUUUUUCAUUCUGAGAUUUUAGCUGGCACAAUUUGCAACAUUUUCUAAAGUUCUAGAAACUUUUUAUUUUUUUAAAAAAAGAAAAAGCUGAGAUUUGCAGGAAGCUGCUUUCUGCACACUCUACCACAUUGCAGAAUUGCACCAUAUGGAGUCCUGACUGAGGGUGUGACACACAUGUAGUAGUUAUUCAAUUGGAGGCAUUCCUUCCUUCUUCAGGCCUAUAUUUAAUUUUAUUUCCUGAUAGUGGGGAGUGCCCAGUGCUGCCCAGGAAUUUUUGGAAAGCAAAAAAUAUUGGGGACCAGCAUCCAAGUAUCUUUAAAAGCUGCUGUCCCCACCUUGGGAACCCUUGUACUUAGUUGGUGAUGCCGUCUAAAGAUGUGUCCGAAUUGACAAGAGAAGGAACAGACAGACAAACCACUUUCCAAAAUCCUUAGUAGAUGACAUACUAAUGUUGUACCGUGCAGUGAUGACCCACAAAGGGUUAGAGCCCCCAGAAGACUACAUAGGCUCCUGGGAAGGUUUGCAUAAUGCACGUCAUAUUGUGCUGGUUUGGAUGAUGUUUUCCACAUAGAACCUAGGUCCUACUAACUAAUGAUUGCCCUAAAAAGUAGAGAAUUGGCCGGAUGAUUGCCAUUAUCUAGGAUUUUGAAAUGGAUUAUUCAGAGGAGAAACUGCCUUCUAAACUCUGGAGCGGAUAGUUACCUUUUUGUGCCUUACUGAAAGCUGUUUCAGUCUCUGUCUAAGCGAUAUCUCAAGCAGCUCUGUUGUGUGGUCUCUUGCCUUAGUGUAGUAAAUGUUCUUGAGCAUGAUAUGCUAUACAGCAUGACAGAAAACAGCACAAAACUCAAAAGAGAAAGCUCUAGGGCAGCUUGCUGUCUUGUUCAAUUUGGAAUGUUAAUUCACUCACAGGCAAGGAUUCAAGGUUAUAAAAACCUGAGCACUGUGCUUUGUACCCCUGCAAGUGAAGGUCCGAUGUUCAUACACCAAAUGUUGGCAGUCCAGGAAUCACAAAAUGUUGUACUUUAUCCUUUGACUCUUGGAAUAAUACCACCUUCUUCUUCUUCUUCUUCUUCUUCUUCUUCUUCUUCUUCUUCUUCUUCUUCUUACCCUGCCCAACUGGCUGGGUUUCCCUAGCCACUCUGGGCGGCUUCCAACAAAAUAUUAAAAUACAGUGAUCUGUUAAACAUUAAAAGCUUCCCUAAACAGGGCUGCCUUCAGAUGUCUUCUAAAAGUCUGGUAGUUGUUCUUCUCUUUGACAUCUGGUGGGAGGGUGUUCCACAGGGAGGGUGCCACUACCGAGAAGGCACUCUGCCUGGUUCCCUGUAACUUGGCUUCUCGCAGUGAGGGAACUGCCAGAAGGCCCUUGGCGCUGGACCUCAGUGUCCUGGCAGAAUGAUGGGGGUGGAGACGCUCCUUCGGGUAUACUGGACCAAGGCCGUUUAGGGCUUUAAAGGUCAGCACCAACACUUUGAAUUGUGCUCGGAAACGUACUGGAAGCCAAUGAAAGUUUUUCAGGACUGGUGUUAUAUGGUCUUGGUGGCCGCUCCCAGUCACCAGUCUAGCUGCCGCAUUCUGGAUUAGUUGUAGUUUCCGGGUCACCUUCAAAGGUAGCCCCUCAUAGAGCACAUUGCAGUAAUCCAAGCGAGAGAUAACUAGAGCAUGCACCACUCUGGCGAGACAGUCCGUGGACAGAUAGGGUCUCAGCCUGCAUACCAGAUGGAGCUGGUAAAUAGCUGCCCUGGACACAGAAUUGACCUGCGCCUCCAUGAACAGAUGUGAGUCCAAAAUGACUCCCAGGCUGCACACCUGCUCCUUCAGGGGCACAGUUACCCCAUUCAGGACUGGGGAGUCCUCCACACCUGUCCGCCUCCUGUCCCUCAAAAACAGUACUUCUGUCUUGUCAGGAUUCAACCUCAAUCUGUUAGCCGCCAUCCAUCCUCCAACCGCCUCCAGACACUCACACAGGGACUUUACCGCCUUCACUGGUUCUGAUUUGAAAGAGAGGUAGAGCUGGGUAUCAUCCGCAUACUGAUGAACACCCAACCCAAACCCCCUGAUGAUCUCUCCCAGCGGCUGCAUGUAUAUGUUGGAAAGCAUGGGGGAGAGGACAGAACCCUGAGGCACCCCACAAGUGAGAGCCCAGGGGCUGAACACUCAUCCCCCCCACUUUCUGAACACGGCCCAGGAGGAAGGAGCGGAACCACUGUAUAACAGUGCCCCCAGCUCCCAGCCCCUCUAGACAGUCCAGAAGAAUGUUAUGGUCGAUGGUAUCAAAAGCCGCUGAGAGAUCCAGCAGAACUAGGAAACAGCUCUCACCUUUGUCCCUAGCCUGCCGGAGAUCAUCGACCAGUGCGACCAAGGCAGUUUCAGUCCCAUGAUGAGGCCUGAAUCCCGACUGGAAGGGAUCCAAAUGGUCUGCUUCUUCUAGGCGUGCCUGGAGUUGGUCAGCACCCACUCGCUCAGUCACCUUGCCCAAGAAUGGAAGAUUUGAGACUGGGUGAUAGUUGGCCAUAUUGGCAGCAUCUAAAGAUGGUUUUUUGAGAAGCGGUUUGAUAACUGCCUCUUUCAGCGGGUCUGGGAAGGCUCCCUCACAGAGAGAAGCAUUCAUCACCCUGUGAAGCCCAUCGCCCAGCUAGCUUUUAUAAGCCAGGAUGGGCAAGGAUCAAGGAGACAGGUGGUUGGUUUCACUCAUCCACUGCCCCUAUUGCCCAACUUCGGAACAUGCACUCAGAGAACUAGGUCUGCCCAGUAGGACGCCUGGUGCAAACUAAUGACUUCCUAAAAAUCUCUGCAACCCCCCCCCCCCCAAAGGCAUGGGUUGCUGUGUGUAAGAAAAACCUGGUAGAUAAGCAGCGGCAAGGACACGCCCAUCUGCUUCAUCCAACCUAAUCUCUGUUACACAUGUCAGGUCAAGUCCUCCAUCCAUGAUCAAGUCAUGGAUGGCAGUAGCCUUAUGAAUCAUUGACCUGGCAUUGCACAGCAGCACCUUCAGGUCAUGUAGGUAUCCCUUGCUGAUUCCAGUAUCCGUCCGGACAAGACCAGACCCGGAGUAAGGGAUAGUCCUCAAAUAAUGACUAAACCUGCCUCCUCGGUAAUGACAUGGUCUCGUCUUAGCGUAACUCCUCCUCCAACCCAUGAUCACUGAGAUCAGUUGUCCCAGUUGGAACCUAUUUUGAUGGGCAUUGUGAACAACAGGGCCCAUUAUGAGCAGCAGCUCAUGCACACACAAAUCAAGCAAAAUGCACACACAAAUCAUUGGUGCUGGAGAAAUGUUUUAUAUACUUAGGCAGCAGCAUCCAUAUUUUGGAGCCAAUAUCAUACAUUUAGAGUCAAGCUCUCUGAAGACAGAACAAACGUUCUGAACUUACUGGCACUAGCACAACAUUUUUAGGAAUCUGAGCAACUAGGUGCUUAGGAGUUUUCUUCGGGUGCCGCAUCUGCUGUCUUGCAAUUAGUUGAGUCCUUGGAAAGGCAUUACACAUGCUAUAAACAACCUGAAUGAAACUCUGCAUUUUGCAUUUUAUAAAUUUAUAUUUUGUAAGAUGGAGCAUGGUUGGGUUCUGCUGCAAUUGGGAGCUUUGGGGUGCUUUGUUUUCGUGCCAGAUGCAAACCUUAGGUUAGGAUGGUCUAAAAUGUACACAUGCAGUCGUGCAUUCCACAUGCUCUUAAAAUAUGCUGAGAGAAAGAAGUGGAUCCAAAUACAAGAUUAAUUUAACAAGGUUUGAAUGUCGCUACUGCUAUCUCUUUUAAAGCUGUUACAUGGUAAAUGGUAAAUGUUACAGUAAAUGCAACUGAUUUAAGUUAGCUGCAGACUCUGACCCAUUAUUUUCUGCUUUGACUGUACUUGAGUUUCUUAUCAGAGCCAUUAGGCUUAGUUUGGUUUUCCUUUCUCAUGAUCCAGUUGAUUGUCUUGUUGCUGUUCUGCCCCUCACAAGAUCCAUUCUUUGAAAUUUUCCUGUUUCUGUUUUCAUAUAACAGUAUCUAAUCUCUAGACUCUAAGGCAGACUUCAGCCAUCAUGCAGACUAAAUUACAGUAUUACAAAUAUGUAAUUGAGCGAUACUGCAUAUUCAUUAUUUGGGUGAGUCACCCUGACCUUGCUGCCCUGCUUUCCAAUGACACUUGCUUCUUCCACUGUUUGCUAACCCUAGUUUCUUGUCUUGCAGUGUCUUCUAUAAUAACUCUUAGAUUUGGUUUCACCAUAAUCAUGUAACCAGUUUUUAAAAUUGCACCUUUAUAGGGUGAUAUUCAACUAUGUUUUAUUCGGAGAUGUUUCUACAUCUACACAAUAAAAGCCAGAGUAGCUGGUCUGGUCUGUUAAGACUAUUCCACGCACGAAUAGUAAAACAGUUGUAUUAGAAUUAACUGAAAAACCACAAGCUUGCACAAGUACAUUGUGGUUUUGGUUGGUACCAGUAAAGCUUUUGAUUUACUAACCCUAGGUAGAAUCCCACACAUUAAGCAAAUAAUAAGCCCUUGAGCAAAUGUUUUACUUUUGCCAUUAACUGAAAUGCUUCUGCCAUUGGAAUUGAUAAUCUCACAAAUACGAAUGAGUUGCUAAGAAAGGUAUGCAAAAAGUCACUAAAAGCAGUUCAGAGAAAAAAGGGUGUGGAGCUUUUGCACGUGUAGAUUUACAAUACAGUAUGCUUACAUUUUCUUAUGAGAAAUGCACAAGGAUUGUUUUCUGUACCUCGUGAUUCUGCUGGAUAAGAACUACCUGGAAUGUCCUACACUUAAUCAGUUUCUAACUUUAAAGGUCAUUCCGAGGAUAUCAUAAAUUGUGUCUGCAACUGCUGCAGUCUUAUGACUGCUAGGAACUGUACCUGAGGGCAAACCUGAGCCUUAUCUUUCACUAUGUUUAUGGAGUAAUUUUAUUUGAUUGACCGUAUAAGCAUCUCACAAGAGACCACAAUUAUUUUGUUGAUGUAGCUCUUUGAAUCAAUAAAAGCAGUUUUCUUUUUCAGGGUUUCUCUGUCCUUAUGACUGUAUUUUGCAGGUUUGCAGUUGUUAUACCUUACAUUGCAGCCCUGUGUAUGUCUGCUCAGAAAUCUGCUUAAUGGGGCUUACUCCCAGUUAAGUGUGUAUCAGAUUGCAGCUUUAAUCAACAUUAGUCAUAAUUGGAGCAGACCUAUUGAAAGCAAUAGGUUUAAGUUUAGGUCUGUUGCUUUCAAAGGGUCUAAGCUGAGUGUGAGUUUUUGGUAUACUGUUAGCUAAAGUGUUUUGGUGUUUUUUAAAAAAUAAAUAAAUCCUAAAGCUGUAAUUGAUCUCUCACAAUGUGGAUUUUGUUUGAAAUGUGAUGUGGUAUGAGUCAGUAGCAAAGGAAAUUCUUGACUUCAGCAUUUUCUGCAACAGCUUAGACACCAGAUAGGGUUGCAAUUUAUGCCUGCCUCAGUCUUUUCCAGGGUUGCAACUCUGUGACAAGUGUUACCGGAAAAAUCCGAGGGCUCCCUUGGACAAAAACAAAGACACCAACCAGGAUAACUUGGAGCAAAACAGCAGCCUGUAGGCUUGGCCUUUAUUGAACUGUUGCAACAGGGUGUUCCCCUCACUUGCAGGAGAGAGGAAAGACCCAGAAAGAUGGUGUGCAAGACCUUAUAAAAACUUUUGAAAUUCCCAUCCUCUAGGUCAAGCCCACCCCAGAAACAUCAUGCAUACAUUACAGAAAGGAGGGGUUGACAUCAUGCAUACAUUACAGAAAGGAGGGGUUGAGGGAGGAGUUGUGGUGGUAACCUGAGUGUCCUGUCACCUGGCUGGUUCCUCCUUUCCCCGGCCCAUGAGUCACUUCCAGGAGACAAAGGGAGUUGGCAGUUUCCUGCCCCCAGAGGGAAGAUCUGAUCAUUGUCCUUUGUUUCAGUCCAUGCUGAAUCCACUCCCAUAUGCAAGUUCUUUGUGAUCUUGAUGGUCUUCUGUCUAGGACCAUCAGGGUUGGCAUAGCAACUGGGCAGGGCUCCUGUGGAUGUGCUGGGAUGGUGAAGGGAUUAUGGCUGACCAGAACCAAGCCACCCCCCUUUGAUAGUCCUUGUCAUAUGGAGUAAAAUAAAAAUGGAACAGUGCAAAUCCAAUGUAUGGUUGAUUUUUCUAUGAAUUUAUAACAGAAGUGUGGCAUAUGUAGUGUGUGAGUGUGAGUGUGUGAAGUUUGUACAAACUGAAUGAUUGGGGUGGGGGGGUUCCUGCUACACAAGAGUUACGCAUACUGGAACGAUCUUUUCUAUUUCAGAUGAAAAUGUAGUACUGUUAAUUUAUACCUAUUUUUGUUUUUUAAAUCAAUUUUUAUUGCAGGAAGUGGUGUGUAUGUGUUGCUGGUUUGAUUAUGUUAAAAUCCAAGUAGGAAUUUCUGAACUAUUGAGAAGGAUUUUUGAUUGGAAAAUGCUUGCUGCGCCAAGACAGAGAAUUGUGACAUUGUUUAACAUUGUAGCUUAUUUCAUACAGUGUUGACCGUUUACAUUUUUUACACUGGAAACACCCAGUGUUUCCAUAAUUUGUAUAACAGUGUCAUCUUACUUACAGGGGUUUAAGCUAAUGUGUUAAUCUUACCUUUGAAAUGCUUAUCUAAGGGCCCUGGUUGCAUCCUGUUGAGGAAUUGUGUACAAAAUGUCAGGCUGAGAGAUAUGGUGGAAUACAGAACCUAACAUCCACAAUAACAGUGGAAGAGGUGCCUGAACAGUUGUGUACACAUGCAACUCAACUGGAGUGGUCUCCUAAUGGAUGUGGCUAUGCAGGUUUUUACCAUAGCAAGUCUACAUCCAAAUACUUCAGAACUUGCAGGAUUACAUCUGUUCCUAUUGGUCCCCAUUUUCAACAAAACAACUUCAAAGGGGAAGCUCCAUUGUGAAAUUUUAAAACUACAGUGGUACCUCUAGUUACAAACUAAAUUCAUUCUGGAGGUCCAUUCUUAACUUGAAAUGGUUCUUAACUAGAGGCAUGCUUUCGCUAAUGGGGCCUCUUGCCGCUGCGCCGCCAGCACACGAUUUCUGUUCUCAUCCUGGGGCAAAGUUCUCAACUCAAGGUAACUCUUCCAGGUUAGCGGAGUUUGUAACCUGAAGCGUUUGUAACCUGAGGUGUUUGUAACUCGAGGUACCACUGUAUAAUGCAUUAACAACUUUUUUGUGGCACCUUAUGUUUUACUUGGGUGACAAGUAGCAUUCAUUUUCCUUUUCUAGGUCUGCCCUGUAGUAGAUUUAUUUCUGGCUACAACACUGUGGAACUUUUAUUUCACUGGAUGAGUAUUGUAGACUGAAACACCUGGUGUAAAUCCUUUAGUUGUGAGUCAGAACAGAGGCAGUUCUACACAAAAACAUGUAGAUAUAUAUAUAGUUGUCAGUAGGUUUCCAACAGAGGGUGCUUAUGUCCAUAAUGUUUUUCCACCGUAGUGUCUAGAAAAUUACUUGUUAAUAAACUGGUCCUGGCUCACAACGAUGGUGAGUUGAAUUCCUAGUAGAAUUUCCCAAGUGUUUCCUUUCCAUUAGUCAAUCUGAGCCUGGACUAGUUCAUUCAAUGGGACACUCUGGUGCUACUGCUUUCAGUUUGUUUAAUCACCUUCCGCAGACAUACCUUAAGGUGAUAUACAAAAUACAAUAAAAACAACACAAGCAAAUCCUAAGCAGGCAGAGAGCUAUCCAUCCAGCUGCAAAGCUUCCUUGAACAAAAAUAUAUUCAAUAGCUUCUAGAAAGUACAGUGUGUGUUUGUCAUAUAAUGUGACAGGAAUACCACUCUACAAAACUGGUGUAGCCUGCUCCAAGUUACUGUGGAGGGAGCUUCUGAUAUCUUUGGAACUUGAAGGAGAAGCUCUCCUGAAGUCAGCAGCGACCCACUUAGUAUAUAUGGCAUGAGGUUGUCUCUCAAGUAACCUGGUCCUGAGUUGUAAAGGAUCUUACAGUGGCAAUGCCUUGAAUUUGAUCCAGUAGCGGAGUGGCAGUCGGUGAAAAUCCUACAAACCAGGUUUAAUUCCUGGCAGCAGUUUGCCCCCACAAGCCACCAUAUUCUGCAACAGAUGAAGCAGAGUCCAGACCAAGGGGAGCCCCCUCAUUUGUUGGAAACCUCCUGAUUACCACACACACACACACACACACACACACACACACACACGCUACUAUCUUUCACUACUGCAAUUACUCAGUAUUCCUCCUUAUAUUGAGGAGCCCCACACCUGGCUGUGAGGGACAUGGCUGUCAUGGUCAUUGGGGGUGGGACUGGACUAGCUAGCAUGGUUCCCUUGUACAUUUUUCAGUGCUUUUGGUUUCCUGUAAACACCCCAAAAGUAGUCUCUCUAGGAGGUGUCAGUAUCUUAGUGGUUAGGACUCUGAACAUAGGUGCUGCCUUAGCUUCUGCCUUCAGAGCUGCUUCCCCUCACAGAUGUAUAUUGACUCGGUUUCCGUGCAACGCUAAAUCAAACCAUGACUUGGUGCAGGCUCCCAGAGAGGAGUUUGUGGCUCGCAGCUGCUUUGCUCUUCCUCUGGUCUUGCUGCUCUGAACCAAGCCACGGUUUGGUUUAGUGCAUUGUCUGAACCUAGGCACGUGAUUUGUCUUGCUCCAGGCAAGCCACAAGUUGUAAACCAAGAACAAAUCUUGGCUACAGCUCAUGACAAACCACUAGCCUGGGCUCAGAUGACAUGCUAAGCCAAACUUUGGUGUAACUCUCACAGUGAAGACAGCUAUGAAACUGUCAGCUAUGACAGUGAGGAGGGGUUAUUUCAAACUACAAAAGCUUGUUCUGCAAGUACACUGGUUUGUCUAUAAGGUGCUAGAACUGUUUUGCCCUGAAUCAGCCCAUUGAUGUAUGUAGCUCAGUACUGUCUAACCUGGCUGGCCCUCCAAGGUCUAAGGUAGAGACAUUAUUCAGACCUGCCUGGACCCGUAAUUGGAGAUGCUAAGGUUUGAAUUUUGGUCUUCAUGUACGCAAACCAUUUUUCUUUUGUGAAGUGAUUUAGUGCUUUAUUUGUUGAGGUCUAAAACUUUCAGGGAAGUCAUAUGUCUUUUAUAUUGGUAUUCCCGUCUUCAUUGUGGCUCUAUGUAAGCAUUCAGAAUGGGUAAACAUCCUCAGAACAAUGAUUACAUGCAGCAUUGGCCACCUCCUGGAGUCCACCCUACUCUGCUCUCCAUGUGUUUGCUGUAAAUGUCUACUUUGGAUGUGUGCUUAUAGAGCCCCUCAAAUGAAAACGUAAGAUCCUAACUUAGGGUCAUUUGAUUGAAAGGCAAGAAUAAAUAACACCCUAUUUUGGGAGGUACGGUUCUACAGGUACACAUGCCAACAAAGAGAGGUUGAGGCAAGCAUGACCGUAUUAACUCAUCACAAUCCCUUGACUUACCAGGAGGAAAAUGCAUUGUUAACAGCCAUAUUGAAGUCUUGCUAAAUGUGUAAAAAUAAAACUACAGACAGGUUUGAAGCUUGUCCUUCGUUAAGAGUAAAAUCAAAACAUCCAGAGCUUCUUGCCAUAGCUUGGUUGGGGACAGAAUGCUGCUGAAUCCCAGUUGUUGGAAAUUUCAGGAGGAGAGAGUGUUCUUUUGCUUGGGUCCUGCUUGUGGGCUUCCGAUAGGUAUUACUUUGGCACUCUGAGAACUGGCUGCCGGACUGGAAGUGCCAUUUGCCUGUUGUAGCAGGCUCUUCUUAGAUUCUUCCAUAUGUUAUAACUUUCAUUAGGCUAUGCCACUUGCAUUGUUUUACAAUUUACUAAUGUAUCAGAUUUUAAGAUUGGUUUGAUCAUUGUCAAUUUAUAUUUGUAUGAAAUCGACUUGACAUACAAGAUGUUUGCUUAAUUUGCCAGUAUCAGUGACUGCAGUACAUAAUUAAAAAACAACAACAAGCUUUCUCACUAAUUUUACACACACUUUAUUAAGUUUCUCUCUUUUCUUUGCAUGCAAUAGAGUUCUGCUUUGAGGACUUAAGCACUUGAGUCCAUUGUUGCUUGCCCUGGCAUGUAAAAUAAGCACAAAGGAGAUGAAGUUUUUUUUGGGGGGGGGUGUCAAAAUGUCAGGCACUUAAAAAACAUCUACAUGUUAUGGAAAUUAGAAGUAUCUCUGCAACUUAGGGCAACUGUCACUGGCCAAGGAAUAGCAUUUUAUUCUCGGCGGCUUCUGUACUAUUACUAAAAUAAAAUCUAUUAUCACUCUUGAUUUUUCUAGGGGAGUGCACAUUGUGUGCUGCUUUUGUGAUGGUCUGCUAUCAUUGAGGGUUCAAGAACAAAAAAGUAUUCAGGUAACAUGCCUGAUCUUUCAUCAGUCAAGUUGUAGUGGUUGUCUGUCUCUCUCCUUCCCGCCCCCUUUCCGCCCCCAUUUCCACUGAAACAGAUGAAUUAUUUGGAUGCUUCGUCUGAAUGGCAAAUAUUUCUGUUAUGGAGCAGAGCAUGGAAUCCUGUUGGAUGCUUUCAUUAAAACCAAUAUAUAUUGCAGAUAACAGGCUUUUGUUUUGCUGUCUGCUUUACUCAUGCUGCCUUGACCUACAUUAGUAUAGACGUUUACUAAGAAGAGCUUUUUGUUUUGCAUUUUGGGUGCAUGAAAGCUACUGAUUCUAGACUUGAUAUAAAUGUCUACAGAAGCACCUAGUAUAUUGAGUUCACUGACGCACAAGCAGCAUUUAAUUGAUUGGCCUUUAAGUAGCUAUCUCCUUUUCUCCAGUGGUAAAAUCUUUACAUACCCAACUACUAAAUAUCAAAGCAUAUAAUAAGUUAUGUCUAACUAGCCUCCACUGUAAGCAGCUGAACCUGAAGUUGGUUUAAGCAAGGCCAGGUCAGAUGUAGGAGAGAACUCUGGGGCUUCUAUUUCUUUAUCAUAGAUCUUGCUAAGCAAGGGUGUGACUAAGUGCUGUCUGCACAGUCUGGGUUGCCUUGUGGCAGCAGGUAGUGAUAUCAUGGCAGUUAUGGAAACCUCCACAGCAGUACAAAUUGGUUUGCUGCAAGGUUCAUGUAUGACUUUGUUCUCUCUGUGUGUCAUGUUCUCUUUGCAUUUAUCAUGCCACACUGGUGAUAAACCAGGGAUGAUUGGGUUUGUGCUCAGAAUCUGGCAUUGAUUCACUCCAAGCAGUUGCUUAGGGUAUAGUUUCUCUGUACGUCAAUGUUAGGGUGACAACAUUUGCUAUGCAGAAGAGGAGACUGAGGAGAGCCUUGUGGUAUGUGAGUCUUAGCUUAUCUGGCCGCCGUGGAGACUGUAGAGUAGACUUGUGGAAAUGGCUCUUUGUGGGAAAGUCUGUAAAUGCAUUAGGCGCUUACAUCAAUUUGAUCUGAAACGAGACUUGAAUUUUAAAGUUGCUUCUAAAAAUUAUGCCUUCAUAACAGUGGAUUGUGCAAGCUCAAAGCCUGCCAGGAUGAGGCUCAGAGGUGAUUGGGGAUUGGACAGAAAAUUCAGCAUCUUUUAUCUUGUGAACAACCCAGAGAUCUUGUGAUGUAGGGAGGCAUAUAAAUCAGAUAAAUAGAUAUUUAGAGAAGAUGCCUUUAAAGUGCCAAGUGAAUCAGUCGGUAAAACAGAGUGAGCUUCUUCAUAGUGUAGGCAUAAGACACUUAGGCCUUGCUGUCCAAGCCAGUCAGGUUUCCCUUGGUUUUUAAGUAUCCCACAAAAGCUUGGAGUUCAUACCCUGCCAACUGGCUGGAUUGCCAUAAUUUUAGAUCAUGGCUGAGUGCAGGGGGGUGGGGAACCUUUUUGACCUGGUGGACCAGAUUUUAUCUGUCUCCAUCACCACAGUCCAACUUUGCCUGGCCAAUAGCCAAACAACUGGCUGUUGGGUGCUUGGGAAAUGCUGUGCAAAGCACAUUGCAAGCUCUGUGUUUCCCAGGUGUUUCUGGCAAAGGGCCAGAAAAGCUGCUUUCUGCAGGGAUCAGCUGCACAAUCAAGUUUCCCCAUGGGAAGUUAGAUUGCGCAGCCAUUCCAGCCACAUCUGUACCCAUGAGCAUGAUGGGCGUGGUUUUAGGAAAACAGCUUAGUUGGCCAAUUUGGGAUGUAGGCCAAAUUUGGCCUGCGGUCUGGAGGUUCCUCACCCCUGCUUUAGUGUUAGAUGAGUUCGGGCAAGCACAAGUGAACUGCCAGGGUUGUGUGUUCCUUCUCCUAUAGGGCCAGGGUUACUUUGACAGAGUUUAGUUAUGCUUUAAUUAACCCCAGCCUUACUGUGUAUUCAAACAAAUAAUCUAAUUACAGUUGUACCUUGGAAGUCGAAUGGAAUCCGUUCCGGAAGUCCGUUCGACUUCCAAAACGUUCGGAAACCAAAGCACAGCUUCUGAUUGGCUGCAGGAAGCUCCUGCAGCCAAUCGGAAGCCUCAGAAGCCCCGUUGGACAUUUGGCUUCCAAAAAUAGUUCACAAACCGGAACAGUCACUUCGGUGUUUGCGAUGUUCGGAAGCCAAAACGUUUGAGUACUAAGCUUUUCGAAAACCAAGAUACGACUGUGUUGUAAUAAGCUAACUUGGUUUCAAGUUGGCAUAGUAUGAAACUUACCAAAAUGUAUGUUUAAACCAGGAUCCUACCAACUAAAAUGAAACACUACCAAAAUCAUUAUCUUAGCCAUUUGGGAAGAGGAGUACAGAAUGGAGCAUGUAAGCCCAGUUCUUGGCUCGGGCCCAUUCAGGCAUGUUGACAUAGUGCUAAAUUGUGGUUUAGUGUUACAUGUGAAUGCAAUCCAUGUUUUAAUUAAUGACUAGAAACAGGAGGUUCAUAAAACCAUGCCAGUAUAGGUAGAAAUUGCUUCUUAUAAACUGAGGACAUUUUAAUUUGACCAGCUUCUGCGAAUUCUUCAUACUGUGGAAAUAGGAAGAUCUGUUACCUUUCAUGUAGCAUACUGAAAUUGCCUGAAAAGUAUUUCAUAAAGAUUUCGCAGGAACAAAUAAGAAUUUGUUUCAAGCCCUAGUUCUGUGGAGAGAAUUAGCAAUUCUGAUUUUUCCUUACUGAUUUGUAUCUCAACACAGAGAGAUCAGUUUAUAGUAAAUCUUGACAUUAAUUCAAAGGAUUCAUCACAGAAUUGUUGUCGCAUUGGUAUUACAGCUUUGUCACCUACAAAAAUAUCCCCGUUUGGGGGAUCAUUGUAUCCACUACUAGUAGUAAAUUACUGAGAAAAUGCUCAAUUUGGGUGGGAGGAGCCUUCUUGGCUGUUUUUGUCUGGUCAAAUAGAGAGCGUGCUUGAAAAGUUAUUCAGUUGUAUGAAUAACUUACAAACUUUUUACUCUUUCAUUAGUUAAGAAGUUGUAAACUUCCAGUUUCUGCUUCUUCAGUGGAAGAAAACCAUUUAAGGUAUCUAUGUGCCAUCAUUCAUAACCUACUUUGAAAUUAAAUUAUGGCGUGUUGUCACAUGCCUUUGGUUUUACACCAUCAGAACUCAUUUUCACUCCACAAAAAGAGAUGCCUCCAAAUUCUGGAGCUGGUUUUGAACUUCUAAUCAAGUGGAAAUGGACAUGGAUUGCAAGGGGAAAGGGAGGGUCACACUGGUUCUGGAAUAUCCUUGUUAUUUAGAUAUGGCAGGCAUAGAUUUAGCCAUCCCUAGCUUGCAAAGGCAGAAGGCAAGGCCAAUCCACUUCUUGUAAGAGACAGUUCUAGGUGCAGCAUACAUGGAUAGGCACUCAGCACAAUUUAAUCCAGAAUUGGCAAUGCUGUGCAGAAUUUAAACCUCUUUCACAUUCAUCAGCUGCUUCGAAAGCCUGGCAGGUGGUGCCUGUGGAACACUGCUUUCCAGGUUCAGCGCAGGAGUAGUGGUUGGCUCUGGCAAACCUCUGCCAGUUUGAGCGAACUCUGGUGAGGUAAAGCUACAGAAAUCAAGCACAUGGGCUUAUUUUGCAGAAAUUCUGCCUCAGGUUUUGUCCAACCCUAUGCCAUCUGGAAACCAUAUUGCACAACUUGCAAUCUGGAAGCGAAUGGGUGUAUCUAGUGUUGAUGUUUAGUUACUUUUUAUGAUCACCACUUCAGCAGUAGGGAUAUACAGAAUCUAGUAUGUCAGAGGUGCUUCUUUUCCAUGUUCAGGCUUCAGGUGAUAAAGGUCUCUGUUCCGUAAGGAGGUAUAUACUAUAAAUAUUGAUCUUUGAAUUAUGGGGAAGGCUGAGAGAGCAUUUAUAUUAUUUUCUGUCUAUAUCUGAGUUGAAAUAUAUUUUAUACCAUCAUAAAUAACUCAUUUUCCAAGUGUGGAUCCUUAGUAGCCAAGUGGGUACCAUCUAUUUAGAACACGAAGGUUGGUAGGCUUGGGGAGACACCCCCAAGCAACACCCCCCCACACACAAAAAGGCUUUGGAAGAAAUCCCUAAGAGGUGGAAAACCCCAAAAGAGCCUGUGAGGACCAAGCAUGCUUAGUGGUCACAGAAUGCUGUCUAACCGUUCAAGGGUGGAAAACUGGGAGAGCGUGGGAUGCAUUGGAGUUUACUGGAAGAGGGCAUGGCUGGCUGACUGGCUGGAAAGCUUUGAUGCAGGUCUUCCUUGUUGUUUUCUAUCUGCACAAGCAUGUGAGGUAUUGUAAUCUUUAGCCCUACAUUCCAGUAGCUUGUUUCACAACAGUAUUCCAUUAGACUAAAUCAAACCACAGUAUGAUUUGAUUUUGUGACUGCUAACUUCAUUGAAUGUUCAACGUGAUAGAUCUCAUCUUCCUUGCCAUUUCUUUAAAGGAUAUUGUCAAUACGGGGAAUGAAAUAUAUAUUUUUUUGUCUCUGUUGUGUUUUGCCUGUGUCUGUAGAGGAUGUGCUGAGUAAAGAUGCUGGGGAGUGUGCAAUAUGCCUGGAAGAGCUGCAGCAAGGGGAUACAAUAGCACGAUUGCCUUGUCUAUGCAUAUAUCAUAAAGGGUAAGUACACGCGAAACAGAAUUCAGCAGCUGGGACUUGGAAUCAUAGAAUUGUGGAGUUGGCAGGGACCCAAAGGGUCAUCUAGUUCAACCCCCUGUAAGGCAGGAAGCUCAACUAAAGUAUCCAUGACAGAUGGCCAUCCAGCCUCUGCUUAGAAACCUCUAAGGAAGGCGAGUCCACAACCUCCUGGAGGAAUCUGUUCCACUUAACCAUUCUAAUAAUUCACUGAAAUAAUUUUAAUAGAUUUGCAUUUAAAAAUGAGAUUUGACAAGGUGGAAUUUCUAGAGCUUAUCCCCUCAGCAUAUUUACUUUUCCUCUUAAUUGUUUUUCUUUGGAAAUCUUACUUCAUAGUAUGCAAGGACCCUCAAAAAGACGCCUUUACUGAGGUUUUCCAAUAUAUAGCUUUUUGAUUGAUUAAUCAAUUACAAGUCUGUUAACCAUUUCUGAAUGAUUGCCCUAGUUAACACGAUACUUUCAUUAUAAAGAAAGCAUUUACUUGAAAAAAAAUAUUUCUGUUUCCGUGGAGCUGACUGAUAAGCAAACUUCUCUUUGUGUUUCAGCUGCAGUAAAGAAAUAAUUCUUCUCUCUGUCUCUCUCUCAUAGAUGCAUAGACGAAUGGUUUGAAGUAAACAGAUCUUGUCCUGAACAUCCCUCAGAUUAACGUCAGAGUUUCCUGUUUUGUGUAGGUAACUACUGUCAUAUAGGUUGCUGUCCCCAAAGACCAAUCUAUAAAGCUGAGUAGCUUUCAAUAUCUGGCUGUAGCACAACAUGAGUUCUAAUGCUCCAAUAACCUUUUGUUUCAGCUACUUUUCUUAAUGGUACAUUGGCACAAUAACUUCUGGGAUUGGACGCAGUUGUUAAAUGUAUUUGAUUCUUGCACAUGCUAGAGACUUCAGACCGUCGAUACUGUCACUGAUGAUGGGGAUGAAUGCUGAAUCCUUGCAGCCUGAACCACCUGCUUCCUACUCUUGCCAUGGGGAUUUUUGUGUCAAGAAAUUCCUGCCUUAACCCGAUAAACCACCUUUAAGUGGUGGUUUAUCACUUAAAGGCUUAAGGCCCUCAUAUUUAUGGGACCGCAUCUCCUGGUAUGCCCUGCAGAGGACCUUAAGGUCCACGAAUAACGAUAGUUUAGAGGUCCCGGGCCCUAAGGAAGUUAGACUAUCCUCCGCCAGGGCCUUUUCAGUGAUGGCUCCGACCUGGUGGAAUGCUCUGUCCCAUGAGACUAGGGCCCUACAAGAUUUAACCUCCUUUCUCUGGGCCUGUAAGACAGAGCUAUUCCGCCUAGCCUUUAAUUUGAAUUCAGCCUGAUCUUUUCCUUCUCUUCCCUCCCCCUCCUCUUUUAUGAAGAUUACCCACUCUGGGACCCCACAGCUAAUUCUCCCCUGGCCUCCUCGCUGGCCCAAGUAGGACUAAUUCAGCCAGCUAGCCCUGGUGACUAUCUAAUGUUUAUUGGACGGAUUUCCCCCAAAUUGAUUUUUGAACUUUGAAUUUUAUUGUCAUUCAUGCUUUUAUACUGUAUUUUAUGCUGCUUCUAUGUCGUAUUAUAAUUAAGUGUUUUAAAUUUGUUGUUAGCCACCCUGAGCCCGGUUUUCUGAACCGGGAAGGGCGGGGUAUAAAUAAAAAAUUAUUAUUAUUAUUAUUAAUCCAAUUCUGCUGGAGCCAUCUUACCAUUCUGGGCAGCAGUGCAGGCCCAAGACAUUUUGCUGCCUGAAGUGGCAUGUAAAUAAAUGGCGGCCCUGCUAUGGCAAACACUUUAUAAAGGCAUUAUCUGCGCCAUUCAGACACCAAUUCUUACCCUGUGUCUUCCCAGAUGUAGCACUUAGCAUCUUGGUGCCUAAUGCUUAGUAAUGACAGUGGUAGGCUGUUUUCACCAGGCAUUCAUCAAUGUGGAACAAGACAGUCUGGCAAAGACCAGCAAGCGGUGCCAUUUGAGAUGCUCUUUAAAGAGUUGUCUCUUAGCAUACUCAGUUGUGACUUGCUGGAACUAGACAUGUUACUAUUCAGUAACAUCUUUUUCAUGACUUUAUCCCCACAAGGAAAAAAUAUUGUGUGUCAUAUUUCAGGCAUAUUUUUUUAAAACUUGAAAACCACAACUGUGUUAGAGCAGGGUGGAGGGGGCAUCAAUACUUUCUAAACUUCCUAUUUUUAAAUGCCUGUUGGCAUUUGUGUCAAGUUAUUUGAGUUGGCGCACAAUACAAAUAACUCCUUUAGGCUCGCAGGUACCAGGAAGGCUUUCCUCUCUACACGCACCCUGAACAACAGCCCUCACAUGCUGUAUCAAAAAUUGCUCUUGAAGCAUGAUUAAUUUUUCAGAAAUGUUUUUUUGUGACCCACAAUGAAUGUCUGUUUAAUGGAAAUGUAUAGUGAAAAGUCUCACUGUGCCCAUAGCGUUACUCAUGUGGUCUCUUGAUUGUUAAUCACCAUAGCCUUGAUCAAAGAAGGCCCUUUCUUUUUCCUUUCUCCCCCCUCCCUUUUACUAUUUACCAGGUUUCAUCUACUAUUUCUGCAUUCUUCGGUCAUCUUAGAAACCACAAUACAGAUGUGGUGGGAGUGGGGAGGAGUUAUGGCACUGAAUGAUGGGUGCUGCCAUUUAAAAAUACUCCCUGCACCUCAAGCCUUUUCUGUUGUUAACAUGUUAAUACAGUAUUGAAAAACUAGGCAUUGUGACAAAAGGUGGCUCAAUUCACACAUAAUGCUAAGCCAAACUAUGGUUUGGCAUGAACAAGCAAGCAUGCAGGUGCAUGUUUAGAAAAUCACAGCCUCUUUGCUCUUCAGCCAGAAGCUGAACCAUGGUUUGGCUUAGCUAUACAAGCCCAGCCUUGUAGCUGGUCUUGCUCCAAACAAACCAUGAACGGUAAGCCGAGAGCUAACUCCGAUUACAGCUUGUGGUUUGCUUGGACCACGACAAACCACAAGCCUGGGCUCUCAUAUAGCACUAAGAUGGCAAUUGCAGAACCAGCAGGAGGGACAAAUUUUCUAAAUUUGCAACAACUCACUUGGGCAUAUUUGGCUUGGCAUUGCUUGCAGAGCAGGUUUCUCUCCUGCUCUCUCCUGCUUAGGUAGUCCAAGAACAAAAGAAGUUUUCACACCCAAAUGAGUUAUGGAGCUCACUACUUUUUGGCCAAGCCCACAUACAUCAUAUGGGCACUGAGAAAAUGGUGGGCAAUAGUGGGGAGAAUUUGCGUGGCUGCUUCCCUCUUAUUUCUCCUUCCUCCUGCCAUCAUGUGAAACGCAGAAGGGUUUGGCUUCCUGCUGCUCUGUACAGUGGUACCUCAGGUUACAUACGCUUCAGGUUACAUACACUUCAGGCUACAGACUCCGCUAACCCAGAAAUAGGUCCCUCCUGAACUUUGCUUCAGGAUGAGAACAGAAAUCGUGCUCCGGCGGCACGGCGGCAGCAGGAGGCCCCCUUAGCUAAAGUGGUGCUUCAGGUUAAGAACAGUUUCAGGUUAAGAACGGACCUCCGGAACAAAUUAAGUACUUAACCUGAGGUACCACUGUAUGUGGGACGGGGUAGCACAUCUUGGUGGUAAAUUAUGGGAAAUGCCAAGGAGAAAAGUAUUCCUUCUCAAAAUCCCCAAUACACCACUAUUACAGGAUAAAUACAAGUGAAUCGUUUUCUCAGUAUCAGCUGGUUCUUAUGGCUGUUUAUACACACAAGGGCAAUUUAUUUUUAAGUGGUGUCCAGAGAGACUCAUACUCUCCCCCCCCGAAAAAACCCAAAACUGCUGUUUAUAGAACACACUCCAUUUCCAAGAAAGUUAACUUCCUUCUCUGUGAAUUUCUUUCUAGUCUCUCACACUGAUCAUCACGUGUAAAGGAUUUGGCGUUUCAUCUUCAGAUGCCGACGUGAGACUGGACUUCUGUUCACUUUGUACUGGAAAGUUAAGAGGGAGAUGGAACACGACACGGGACAAGUGAUGCGAAGCUGGAAGCUCAGUGUACCGACACUCAGCUUAAAGGAGACACAGGGAUUCUUGAAAAUGCUGCACAUCCUGGAAAAGUCCUCUUCCCACAGACUUUACGGACAACAUUUUGUAUCUACAGGCCAAAGUUACUAACUUUCAUUUUAUUUUUAUUUUAUUUUUUAAAAAAGAAAACUGUCUACAGAAGCAGUUUGUUCUCAUGUUCUUUCUUGAAUGGAAGCUGUGUGCUCCGGAUCCAGAUUCUGGGACAUUGUACAAGGAAAAUGCCAUUUUGGAGUUGGAAUCCGCCCCACUCCCACUGUGUACCAGGAGCUUGGCAUUGGGGGUAAAGGCAAUCUAUGAAGUACAUACAGUUAAGCGGUGUGAACUUCCUCAUGAAAUUUUGCACCCUUUAUGCUGUUCACAUUUUUUCUGUGAAAGAAUGCAACAUUCCUUGACUUAGGAUUUUUAUUUUUAUUUUUUAAGUAAAGCUUUGCCAGAGUGCAGCCCAAAGAGCAAAAUGUAAUCAAGGCAGAUCAUUAAUUGACGUCGUUGAUCAGGCUAUAGAGUUAAUUGAAAUCCGCAUACUGUGUUCAUUUACUAAAAUUCACCUUUACUGCUUGUGGAUAUCAAUGCAGCAGCAAAACUUAAAAAAGAAAAGAGAGAGAGAGCAUAAUUUAGCAGCUAUGCAAUAUUUUUUAAAAUAAAUUAUAGGGAAAUAAGAAUUACCAUCUCAAGUGCUGCCAGUUAAGGUAAUUUAACGGGUAUUUUUUAAACAUGUUUCAGGUAGUUAUUUUCUUGUACUACUUUAAUCUCCAGGCUGUUUCUCUCUAGCUGAGUAGUCACAAAGGUGGGCAAAGUGAUACAUUUCAUGGGGAUGGGACCUGGAUUGACUUUUGUCUGUUUUUUUUAAUUAUUAUUAUUCAAGGUUGUCUCAGUGGCAGAUCAUAGUAGUUCAUGUUCAGUGCUGUUAGCCAGGCUUUUGACAGUAGCUAUAAUUCUGUACCCAAUUGCUCAUCCUUCAUCCCAUUGAUAUAAAUGGGUUUAAACAUACAUAACUGUGAGCAUUCGUUUGAAGGAACCACCUAUAUUUCUUGAACCAAUAAAACUUUACACUACUGUGGCUUACCAUAAAUUGAAAAAUGAGGGGUAUGGGAUAGGGUAGGGAAGAAGCUCACUAAGUAAAAUUGUGAGCUGUUAAGAAUAUAUCUGUUUCCACACAAAAAAGGGACCCGUUUUGGAAGCUGUUAAAAGUACCUUGUAAAGUUUGUAACAAAAGCGUUGAAUAAAGGUGAUUGAAACUUUUCACAUGUUUAUAUAGCAAAAAAUAAGAUGUAUUUCACAUUAUUUUGUUCUUAAGAAUUAAAUUAUGCUUCUGUUAAGACUCCCCCUCCCAACCAAAAAAAGUGGCAAAUGGAGAAGGGUUAAGUAGCCCACUUCUAUGUCUGCCCUGCAAAUGUCUCCCUCACCCCACCUUGCAAGGCAACCUGUCUUUGCCACCCAAUACCUACUUCUGUCAAAUGAAAGGAAGCAAUAUGGUGGUUUCUUGUAGCUUUAGGAUAUUGGAUAGAGAGAGAAAAGAGUUUUAUUAGCCUGUAGGCAGCCUGUUACUCCUUCCUGGUAUCUCAAGUUCUUUUUACCUUCUGACAGUAAAGACUUGCAUUCAUUGGCUUUAAAUUAUGUCUCCAUCUCAUGUAACAGCACUGUGUCGUACCAUUCAGGGACUUUCCCUCCCUUGAACUUAAAUCAGAUCUUUUGCUGCAGCUGCUGGGAUUCAAUGAUUUUUUUUUCAGGGAUCAUUACUGCUGGUACUAGACACUGAGGUUGGGACAAUAUAAGCAAGGCAGUAAUUUAAAUGUAAAUGUACUUGUGAUUUUCUGCACUAACUUAUCGUUCUCCACCUUUCCCAGUGUCCUGUUGGUACUUUACAUUUUUAGAUUUACGUGUAACACUGGUAUACAGGAGCUCUUAGGAGGAAGAGUUAAUCAAUAUACCUAUUCAUAUAUCAGGGAGCCAGGAUUGGCUGUGACUCUUGAGCAACCUGGAGUUUGAUUCCAUGUAAUUUGUAAAUGGCCCUGGAAUGUGAAUAUUUCAGACUGGGCACUUUUCAGUCUGGUUUCUUCACGUAUCUAUUAACUGAAGUACCUUUUUCCUUUGAGGCCUCAAAAGCUUUUAUUCUAUUCAGUCUCCUUACACACAAAAAAGCAGGUGGGUCCAGAAAUAUAUGUUUAUAUUGCUUGCUACUCCAGUACACUUAAGGAAAGAAAAGGAAGAAACCUGUCUUUUACUGUCAUUUAUUCUCUUGGCUGGUUUUGAGCCAGAGUGGGAUUUUCCAGAUACGAUUUUGCUUUGUCAAGCAGACAUGCUGGUAUGGAAAGUCCCCACUCUGCAUUGCCAAUGAGCUAAUCUCAGUGUUGAUCUUCUUGAUAGCAUAACUUGCUAUUUAUACUUCCUUGUCUUAGACUUUAAGCUUCAAAUCUCUUUCCUCCUUACUUCCUCCUUCUAAGUCAUUGCACACUGCAGUCUUGAGCCUUAUUCUGCCCUGCCUCUUUUAUUUGAGCAAACUCUUUUGUUGACCUCAAUUAGCACUCCAUUAUACAGAUCUCGCCAGAGGAGAAGCUUUUUCCAUCAUUUUGGCCCAACCACUUCCUUGUGUCCAAUAGUAGCAGCUUUCUUUAGAUGGCUCUGGCUUCUGAUCCAGCCCUGUGCAAUGAAACUGAAAAGCUCCAAAGUGCAGCCAGCCAGGUUUGGUUCUUAAGUACGGUGUUUGCUCCGUGUUCUGCUGGAUAUAUUGAAAAGACAGAAGUGCAUUGUUCUAAAUUAACUCAGUCAGGAGGCCAAAUUUGCGGUUGCAGUUCAGAAGCAGAACAAUGUAAGUUGCUGCUGUUGGAGAAUUCUCAGGCUGCUGGAAGGCAUUCUCUAGAGUACAUUGGUAUGUUUCAUGCCACAGUGGUGGAAACUGUAAAAGUAAUGCAAAGCAGUGCUGAAAACUCAAAGCUGCCCAUGUGUCCAGCAUUUAUUUGGAAAAUUGACUUGCUUUUGGUACUACUUUUUUUGUGUCUCUGAGUUGCCAAAAGGCAAGAAUCCCUAUCUGCUUGAAAGAAAUGUCAUAAAUGAUGUGCAGACUUUGCUUGCUGUCAGUCUAGUUCUUUAUAUAUGUGGCAUCUGUUUAAGUGUUUCAGAAGUUGCUUCAGCAAAGAUUUUGCUUUGCAUUCCAGCCUGCAAACAUGAAUUGCCAGAUUAGUUGGCCACAAUAUUAGUUGACUGAUUGAUGGAGGUAAAUGUUAGAUCUACUGGAACAAACGUUAAGCAGAGAUGCAGAGGGUUAAGGGUACUGUUGCUCAUUUUUGAGGCUAUUUUUGGAUCUGGAUUGUGAUGGGGGGAAAGGGAAAUAUUUUAAAGAUGACCUUCUAAUAAGUCAAGGCUUUUUAAAUGAAGUAGUUGGUUACUUUGCACUUCCCUUAAACAUCUCAAAAGAUACCCAAUACUGAAUUUUUCAUGUAUCCAGAUUCUGUGGAUUUAUCAUUCAGAAGGCAUCAAACAACUAGCAAACUGCUUGCCCUUGUUCCUACACACGGCGACAUACAGAGUGAAUCCUCAUUGAGUCCUUAAACCCCUUUUCGUUAGACAAAACAUUUGCACUUUUUCUCUUUUAAGUGUCGUCAGUGGCAAACUCUUGUUCAUGCAAGUUGCAAAAAGUGGCUCCUUCACAAAUUGUAUGGUCUGCGGUUUCAAACUAAAAACCUUCAGGGAAUCCUUUUUCUGUUGUCUUUUUUUCCCCUUUUCUUUGCCACCAAGGAGCCACUGUGCCUUGGAAAGAAUUCUGAAAUUCUAAGACAGUUCACAUGAGGUACUGGCCAGUCUCGUCAGGCCUUGCCACACCUUCUGACGAACUGAGGGAAUGUCCUCUAACACACCCAGAACUUCAUGGUAGGCCAGGAUUUAUAGUGGGUGGUAACAGUGUCUGAACAGAAAACUUCUCUGCCCAUAUCUUCUCAUUGUAGAACAUCUAACAGACUUCCCAGUAUUUUCUGCAGCAUAGCAUGCAAACCACCGGGAUAAGGGAUGCACUCAUUAAACAGGGACUGAAAUAUUUUAUUUUCAUGUAUGAAGCAAGUAUGAACCUCCCACCAUCUCCCCAGCUUUGAGAAGAUGCAAGAAUAAUUUGAAGAAUGGCGAGGGGGAAAACUAAGCAGUUAGAAGGCGCAUUUGAGCAUAGUUAAGUUGGAAGGCUAUCUUUUUACCAAGCAACGAUUCAGGACUAUCUGUACUGACCAAGAGUGUGUGCUCUUCAAACCAUUAGAUUCAUGCUAUGAAUCAGCUGUUUGGACUAACUCAUUUCCACAACACGUUAGAUGGAACUGUGAGCAGGACGCAGCUUAAUGUUUGGUAGUGGCAGUGGGCAAGAAGUCUUCCUUCCUUACCCUGCUAAUAAAACAGAAUGCAAUUAGCGACGUCUAAUGUAACACGUUUGUAACUUUUUUAACUGAGCUGUAUGGUUGGGGAAAUGAGGAUUUUUUAAAAGGUUCAUCAUGUACUUGGUCUGCCGGUAAAUGAUCAUUGAUUCCACCCCCCCUUUUUUUUAACUGAUCUAGGUUGUAUGUUUUAACAUUCCAUUUGUGUAAAAUAAUGUACAAGAAGUUAAUAAAAAAAAUUGAAGCACACUUUCCAUUAUAA